ACUCAGUCUCCACUGUGAGACGCUCUGUCUCUUUUUAUCAACGCUCAGAUCGCUUCUCUUAUGUUCUUUGCCACUUGAAGACAUCUUGCUGUAUGUAACUCCCCCCGCCCCCUUUUGCUUCACUUUUGCAACUUUCUCUGUGCUGACAUUUUUAUUGUAACUAUUAUUUUGUAUCCUUUGUCUGAUUCCCCUCACAUCUCAAGUUGUAUUUAUCCACCCCCCCCUUCCAGAUCUGCAAGCAACAUUCUUGUCUGUUUUUCCUGCAGUGGUUUGGCUUUCUUUGUCUUUACUUUGCAGGAUAUGUGAAUGACUGGACACACCACUGCAGCUGUUAAAAUUGAGAUGAAUCAGGAUUUGCAACAAUGCAGCCAAUGUCCCACUGGCAAUGAGUAGUGGGUAACGUUAACCCCUCCCUUCCUUCAAGUGCUGGCACUGAGACUUUCAAAGGGAUAGUGAACUUGGAAACUCUAAGAUAAGAAAGCAUCUUGCUAAGUUCCUUCUCUAACUUCUCUUCGUAGGAUACACAUCAACAGCACGAGCAGGCAGCCUCAAAAAUUCAUUAUAUAAUUACACCAGGGGGUCAGCAGGCUGAACAGAGAUGCACGUGUAAUUCUUGCAGUGGAUACUGUACAAGUAAGUUAAGAAAGAAAAAGAAGACCAAAGUGGGGGAGUGACAGAUGAGAAGUGCAGAAUGUGAGACGUUGGGGCGAGGGAGGAGAGCGGAGGAAGGAAGCUAAAAACUGAAAAAGAGAAAAUAGGACAAUCUCUGUGGGUAGGAGACCUACAAAAUAAAGAAGGGGACGAAUUAACACGUGAAUGAAGAAAGAAAUGCCAGUGAUAAGACAGGGUAUAGUAUAACAUAGAGAAUUCACUAGACAGAUGUUGAAAGAAGCAGAUGUUGGGGUUAUUUUGACUCCCCGGUAAAUCUACACUGAGCCCCACAUUGCCCCACGUGCUGGAAAUACGUGGAAUGUGGUCAGAAGGAACAGUUUAUGAAAUGAUUGAGCUGAAGCCUAUGUUGCCGUGUGAUGGACUAGACCUGGCACAGGGCACCAGAGGUGGGCAUCGCUUGGAACGCACCAACGCGGUUCGGAUUCCACCUGGCAGAGCUCCCCCCAUCCUUCUGCGCAGUCUCCGAAGGAGAGGAGUCGAGGGGCAGAAUAACACUGUGCCCAGUAAAGUAGGAGAGGGACACUACUUCAAACCAACCUCUCAUACACAACAUACCUGGUGCGACCUCUGUGGAGACUUUAUAUGGGGCAUCUACAGGAAAAGCCUGCGUUGCACAUGUGAGUAUCUGGGGUGGCAUAAAAAAGAAAAAUGUCAUAAAAUUCACAAUACAUUAACAUUUCCCACAGACAUUUUAAUAUGGUAAAACUGCGUGAAUAAUCUGUUCAUCAUAUUGAAUAUUAUAGCACUAUGUAUCCGUAACUCCGCGUUUUAUCAGAAUGCAUGCAAUAAACUGAAUAUUGUGGAGAAUCGACAAAAGAAUUGGGAAUAUGUUUAAAAUAGCCAAACUGGGAAACCUGUGAAUCUGGAAAAGUUUCUCGGUUUAUCUAAUUUGGCCUAAAGCUUGCAAUUCCCUUGUCAAUGUUUGGCUUAGUAAAUAAUAAAAGGGUGGAGAGGAUUUAUCUCGUAGGGGAGAUGGACACACAUAUAUAUAUAAAUAGAAAUCGAUAACAAUGGGGGUUUUGAGUACAUGCAUCUACAUUUUAUCAUCAAUAAUAUUUGGAUAUGACAUUUUGCAGUUAUGAAAUGAAUGCUUAAAAGUUAUACCAAACUUUAUAAAUAAAAUACAACUAUAACAACAUCACCACCGGUAAACCCUGCCAUUUACACUAGUGGUAAAUCUAUUAUGUUCAGUGUUUCGUGCAAACGGGACUCCAAGCUGCAUGAUUCUGUAUUCUUGGUCAUGUGUUGAAUUACAGUGCACAAACAGAUGACAUGAGUGACAUUUCCAAGAGAUGAAGCAGAGUAUAGAACAGAACCAAAGGGACAGUUUAACCCCUUAAGGACACAUGACAUGUGUGACAUGUCAAGACUCCCUUUUAUUCCAGAAGUUUGGUCCUUAAGGGGUUAAGCUGGAAAUGUAAUCUUAUUCAUUUACGUGUUUAUAUUUGUGUGAGGAUAUUAUACCUGUGUGUGUAUUUUUAUACGUCCUAUUCUAAGAAAAUAUUUAGAAAUGCUAUAAAAUGCCAUAUGUAUAGGAAAAUGAAGGAUGAAAAACGCAUAGAUCAUGAAGAAGAUAGUGUUUAAAAAUCCACUUGAGGUGGUGAGUGACUGCAUAGAGAGAGGGUAUCAUUAUUUAUGUAGUUUAUAUUAUACUUAUACAUCCUUAUCUAGCGCACUUUGCAUAGAUUAGUAGUUAUACAACAAUGAGCACAUGAUGCAGUAGAGUAAGGAGGAAUUGAUGUUAAUUGAUAGUGGUGACUAGGGAAAGAACUAGAUUUUAGGAUGAUAGGUACUGUAGUCAGAUGUAAACACAGGGAGAAAGAAUCACGGUUGGAAGAGUUAAUCUGAGUUAUACUGAUGAUUCUUAUGGAAUCCAGGGAAUUAUUUAGGAAUACUCGGCUUGGAGGAAGACCAUUCGGGUAGGAGGCUGAAUGGAUGUGAUAAAAGCCAUUUGUCCCAGGCAGAGGGUCACAGAUAGAGAAUGAAUAGAACCAGGAACAAGCGGACAAAGGUGACAAUAAAUCCUCAAAAAGAGUGCUGUAUACAUUUUUUUUUAGUCAAGGAGUUCAUACAGAGAAUUGCUAUUUAAUAUUGGAAGUGGAUGAUCCAGGGUAUAAUCCUGCAGCCUCUCAAGUCUUCAAAGGUUCCCCUGCCACAUUUGUAAACAGAUUUGGCACAAGUAGACAAUUUUGCUUCUUCUGUCUCAACAUCUUGGAAAGGUUGACCUUUAAAGACGAUAUUAAUCAUACAAAAUAUCCUGCUUUUUAAGGGCAAAUUGCUAAAUAAGAAGCAAUCAUCACUGCUUCAAUAUUUUUUUUUGCAUUUUUCCCAAGGAUUACAGCUGCUUUACCUUAAAAUAUAUGGCCUUGCAUUAUUUGUUUCCCUCUCUCGUACAUAACCCUGUCAUUGAACUUGACAUGAGUUACUAGUAUACAAUGGACAUUAAGCAAUGAUUAGGCAGACGACCCAUGGUUUUAUGCAAAUCAUUGAUGAGGUAGGGUUGGAUGAGGGACAAAACCUUUGAAGGUCUACGGUCUCCCAUUUUAUUUUCUCAUAUAUACUUCAUGAUAGGUUCAUGCUACUUAAGGUAUGGUUUACAUAAGGUUGUUUUGGGUGGCUCAAAGUGCCAGUAAGCAGGGGCUGUUGCCCAGCAUCUAGAAAGCAGUGAUUUAUUUCCACAGGCAUGGGCCACUCUCCUAAUUUCCUGGCAGAGGGUGAGACCAGGUCUAUCUUCUUGUAAAUACUUUGUUUUAAUAAAGUUGCUGAUAAUAUUUUCACUUUUCCCUUCCUUCCCCUUUUUCCACACCGCAAUGAGAGAUGCUCUGGAGGUGUUACAUUGCCAUAGUCGUAUUUGCUGGCUCAGUUCUAAUGCACAUACUGACCGCUUCUUUUAGUCGGUUCCCAUGACAAUCAAAAUUGUGACAGUUCUGUUCAGGGACUUGUUAGAUCCCAUGUGAUAGGGAGCCAAGUUAGGUUGCUGCGGAGAUUUAUAGAUAACUUUGGAUUGUCGAUGUCUGGGGGGAGAAACCCCCAAACACAACAGACUACAUAUUGUAUUCUGCUCUUCCUGGGACCUAUUCCUGCAUAGAUAUGUUCCUAACUACCCAUAGAAUAAUUCCGCUAGUACCUAGAUCAGAUAUUCACUAUAGUUCAUGGUCUGAUCAUGCAGACAUUGCCAUUCACCUUAGGAAUCUGCUUUCCCAAGCCCAGAGGUCCUGGAGAUUCAAUUCCUCCAUGCUAAAAGAUCAGGCUUUGGUGAAGGAGGUAACCCAAGUAAUCCAGGACUAGAGGUCCUCCCAUCCACAAUAUGGUCAGUCAAAAAGGACAUUUAAUUAAACUUGCCACCCAUAGGAAGAAGGUAAAGACACAAGCCACUUUUGAUUUGCAAAGAGCCCUAUAUAAGGCAGAGGCAAGACCAGGGCCAGAUUAACAAAGGGGCUGAUGGAGCUGCAGCUCCAGGCCCAAGUCCAUAGAACAGGCCCAUUGAUUUAAAAAAAAAAAAAAAAAAAUAUAUAUAUAUAUAUAUAUAUAUAUAUUUUUUACGCAUUACUCUUAGCAUUGCCAGGUAUUUCUCAGGUUUUUCUUAGUGUUGCCAGGUAUUUCUCAGAAGUAUUUCUCAGGUAUUUGAGUCUGCCUAGCCGGUGCCGGUAUUGCAGUAAUACCGGCAAUACAAAUGUCAGUCUCAGUAUGAACAGAGAUUUUUCUGCAAUACCUGCGCUGGCCAGUAGGGGGUCGCUGUGUGUGUGGAGAGAGGCAGGGAUAAAAAGUUACAGCAUCUCCCUCCCUGCCUCUCUCUACUCAAUGAUCUGCGGAGGAGCAGCUAUGCACAGAGAGUCCAGACAGCAGCUCCACUGGGAGACAUGGGGAUACAAACACUAGGGGACACUGCGUGAUAUGGGGACACUAGGGGACACUAAGACACAUAGGGACAAAGGGAUACUGGGCGACUUUGAGACAUGGGGCACUGGGGCACUCUCCCAGCCAGUGUCCCUAGUAUCUCAGUAUCCCCAUGUCUCCCAGUGUCCCUGGUGUCUGUGUCCCCAUGUAUCUGUGCCCCCAUGUCUCUCCCAGUGACACUGGGAGACAUGGGGAUACAAACACUAGGGGACACUGGGCGACAUGGGGACUUGGGAGACAUGGGGCACACUUUUAGUAACUAGAGCCCUGAGGAUUCAAUCUUUUUGUCUUGUUUUAUAAACUCCUUUAUUCCCCAGACCAAAUAUGAUCCUAAAAGGUUUCCUGAGAAUGUUUAUUAUGAUAAGAAUUGCAACAAAAUAUAUAGAGACACAGGAUCUGCCUUUGUUAUAUAUUGGAGCUGCCAGACAAAAUCCUGUAAAUAAAGAGACAACAGGCCAGGACGCAGCAAAUGAAAUCAGGAUUUAUGCAGAGUUUCUAUUGCAAUUAACGAUUUAUGCUAUUAUGCAGAGUUUCCUGUAUUAAUGCUGCUAACACAAUGAACAACUGCAUUUAAAAUGUUCUAUAAUAGCACGUCAUUGCAUUAUGUGAAGUUCCAGUAUACAGCUCUGAGUCCCACAGAUAUAGUGGUGUAUAUUUAUUUGGAAAAAGGAGGUAAGCCCCACAAUCCUCAGGCUGGCUAAACCUAAGCCCUCUGAAUCUCCUCACUAACCAUUACAGCAACAAUAACAAUGGCAUUGUUGUAAUGUUAUCAAGUGUCAUUCAGGGCAGGUUAGGACAAACAUUUGUCCCGGGCAUUUAUAGGAGUCGGUAUGUUGUAAUAAUACCAAUGACAUGCACACCCAUUUUUAGAGCCCCUUCAACACAGCCCAUGUGCAGAGCUCUACUGAAGAACGCUCGCAUUGGGGACAAUGUCCUGUUUUGAGCACAGUGCAAUGGGACUUUAUGACAAUUUUGCUUUGCAUUUGCUAGAGAUUUGUCUCUGGUGUUUGCAUAACUGGGAUACAAGAGGAGAAAAAUGGACAGGGCUAGGUGAGGGUGUUAUGUGUGGGGAGACUACCUGUGGUAUUGUAUGUGUUUGGAGGGUUUUUGUUGGUGGGAUGAAUCUCCAUGUGAUUUCAUAUACAGGGUUAUUUCUAGUGUGGAUGUCAGGAAACCUACCAGGUGGGAUUUGAACCUUCGAUUCCUACUUUCGACUGCUGUACUGCUUGCUGUGCCACUGUGGAAUCUGUUAUCUUAGAGUGAUUCCCAAGGGUUGUCUGUUUGAUUCUGACCCACCUGAUAUUUUGUGAUUGCUUGUUUAUGUUGGGCACCUGUGGUUAAAACGGGUGCUACCAUUCUGAUUGAAUUGCUCCCGACAAGCAAGAGCCAAUCUGAAACAUGACAUCCCUAUUUAAGGAGGGCUAUCUGGCUGCUUUGAGACCUUUCCAGAACCUUUGUGAUAUUUUGUCCUGAUCUAGAGUCUCUGUUAUUAUGACCUGACUUACCUGUCUACGUUCUGCUUUCCUGCCCCUGUGUGCCUGACCUGGCCUGUUUGCCUUUCACCUGAUUUUGUGUUCCAGUCCCUGGCUUGUCUGACUUCCUGUCCUGUGUUCCAGUCCCUGACUUGUUCCUGACAUUGUUUUACUCUGAGCUCCUGACUCUAGCCUGUGUCUGGUAUUGUUUUAUAAUUUGCCUCUCUCCUGGUCUGUAGUCUUUCCUGUUACCUCAUAGUUCUACCUUUACCAUAGAACAGCCACUCUCCUUUCUCUCUGUCUUUGUCUUUGUUAGGUCGCUGCCUCUCACCUUGCUGAGACUCCUAUAGACAACCCAGGCAGUGGGAAAGGCUGCUAGUGGUAUUGGGUAUGGGUUGAGAGGCACCUAGUGGGGUUGCAUAUACAUGGAUGGGGCUGUUUGCAGUGUAGUAUGUGUAUGUGAAGAGGGGCAGCUAUAGAAUCAGGACAGGUGGGUGGUCCUUCAUGGAGCAUUUCCAGAGAUAAAACUUUUGUCACUGGUGACAUCCAUAAUUGGAGGUUAUGCUCGGGUAGUGAGCAUGCUUGCUCACAGAAGAGGCAUGUCAGUCUGGUGUCAAGCAUACCAGGCUGAUCAACAACCCUAAGGCAGCCCCUAACAUACAUGACUAUACAGAAAGCAUUGCGGCAUGGUCCAAGUGUCUGCUGCACAGCAAGAGUAGUCUACUGAUUAGGAAGUGAUGUGCUGCCUAGUGACAGUUCCAGAUGUGGGACAAUAGAGAACUAAAUUGGGACAGUUCAACGAACAGGAGCCUGGGGAGAGGGCUGUUUGUGAUAUAGUGUGUGUGUGGAUACAUGGAGGGUAGGGACUGUAGUUUAUGGGAGGGACUAAGGCUGUAGUUUUUGGUAAGAGGGAAUAGAGACUGUAGUUUGUGGGGGGACAGAUAUUGGCUGUAUUUUCUGAGGGAGGGGUAGUGGUUGUAUUAAUAUGCGGUAUGCAAAAAAAAAAAAGUUUUCAUUAAAAAUAAACUCCUAAACCUCUUCUUUUUGUUUAAAUUGGGCUGGGGAGAGGAAAUGCCAAGCCCUGGUGGACUAGUGUAAGGAGCAUCUAGUCUGCACCUCCACUUCUGUUGCUCCUUUUAGUUUCGGUCUAUUAAGUGAAUCAGAGCCUUGUUGUGGUAUCCCUCAGCAAUAUUCUGAUAGGCUGGCAGGAGCAAUACACAUAGUCUGCAUAUGCUGGAGGUGCAGACCAUAUCCUUCCUGCCCCUCCUCUAUAUGUGCAUCGUUGAUCUCCCCACUGUCCCACAAAGGGAUAGAAUUUCCUCUGUGAAUGAUUCAGGCAGGAAGAUCGUUCCUGGUAUGUUUGAUGGCCAGUCUGUACCUGGAGUAAUUUAAAUUAAGAUUAGCAUUUACAAUGAUGCAUUUUUCUGAUUACAUUUUUAAAUAGAUACCAGUAGGUCCAAUUCAUCAACUGAUCAGUUACUAAUGGUGAGUUUACUCAUGACUGGAGUGCAGAAAUAAUCUUAAAAUGUGAAUCUUUGACAAAAACAAGAGUUUGAGAGUGAGAAUGCACCACAACUCAAAUAAUUAGCUUUUUGUUGUGUCCUUUCUCAGAUUUUAGCUCCCAUGUGCCAUUACAGAUUGAACCCUAGCCUGUCGCGUAUCAAGACUGAUCCCACCUACCAUGGUAGUGCCAGCGGGUUUCCUCUGCACAAGUUUUUCAGCCUUACUAUAAUGUGAAUAUUGUCACAUAAAUAUUGCCACAUAAUAAUAUGGAAAUCUUUGAAACUGAUUGCAUACAUUUUAUGUGUUUAUUCACAAAAAUGUAAUUCUAGACUUGAUUGUCCCUUUAAGAGAUUACAUCAUUUCAAAGUCAAAACAUUCAACACAAAGAAUUUAUAAUAAAGAGUUAAACUGGUGACGAUCUAUAGAGACAAAAUUGACUGAAGACCUUAGCUGGCAGAAAACAGAAGUAAGGGUAUAAUUAGUUAAAGAUGCACUGGUUUCAUAAUUAACAGGACUCUCAUCUGGUUUCAUUUUGAUUAAUGGGUGUUUAAUUAUAUAAACCACUUCAGUGACUCCUUUAACCAAAAUAGCUCACUGCAUGCUGAUAACGCCAGAUUAACAUGUGUUGUCCUGGGUUUGUUUAAAGCAACACUCCAAGCACCAUAACCACUGAAUCCACUGUAGAAGUUGUGGAGCCAAUCUGUUAAAGAACGGUUUGACAACUUACCCAGUCCUGCUCUUCGUCCGCUGCCACAACCCCUGCUGUAAGACUGCUAUUGUAAUUGCUGGGAUUUAGGACUUUACAGCUGAGUUUCUGACCCAAAUAAUUAGAUAAAUGUUCAAUUCAUCAGUUUGGGGACGAUACAUUUGCAACUUGCAGUUUGUGCAUUUUAGAUAAACCAAACCAAUAUAAUCUUAGUUAAAAGGUUUUAAUAAUUUUAUUAACUCAAAUAUAUAUUUAUUUUCAUCGGCUGAAUAUCAGCAUCAGUUUUAAAGCAUGUAGUGUGUGUUUUCUCAUACACAACUACAUCAGUGAUUAAUCUGUGCUUCAGGUGGUCUGAGUACCAAGUUCAUGGUUGGCACUUAAACUUGUGAAGCCCCACUAUUUUGCAUUUAUGUUUCACCCUCCAUUUGGCCAGUGAACAUAAUCUAAAAUCUCAGUUUCAGCAUGUUAAUAUUCUCAGGCAGUACUCUAUUAAUAUUUGCAGCAUUAUUACCCACAAGCUAGAUCUUGACCCACAGUAAUUGCCAACAUAGUUUCUCUUUCUAGCACAAUUAGUCCUGACCAAAUCAGCUAUUUGUACAUUAGGGAAAUCGUACAAAAUGGGAAUUCACAUUAAAUUCAAUGGUGCAUUACAUUAAAGUAGGUGAAUUAAGGAGGUGGGGCCUGACGCAAGUUGUUCCAGCUCUUGCAUUUCUAUGCAAAUAUUGCAGGAAAAGCUGUAAAAAGUGACCUCCCCUCGACACAUCUUGGCUGCCAGGCGAGAGGUGACCCCAAAGUGCUCACAACGGCACCAAAUCCGAAGUCUGUCCUUUGGGAUUCGCCUAAACGCUGAAUGCGGCCUGCAAGCAUGGUCAGCGUGGGGGAGAUGGCUGCUCCCUUGCCGCCACACAUGGCUGCAAUCUUGGAAUUGGGUCAUCGUUGUCCCCUCUGGACCGGUGGGGGUUAUCUCGGUCCCAGGAGAACGUCCCUAUGUUCAGAGGCAACAUUCCCAUCGGGAGAUUAUCACACCGAAUAUAGCAGAGGUAACAACCCAGCCUUCUGCAGCAGUAGAGCCACGCUCUAUCACCCAAUGGCUGGAUGAUAUAUUUGAAGCGUUUUGGCUCUGCAUUACUGAGAGACAGAGGAGCUUCUCAGUGAUCCCUCAACACUGCUGACCGUGCAGGAGACCUGGCCGGGCCGAUGGAAGCUGACACAUCGGGUAGCCGGGACAUUGUGCAGGGACCCUCCACAAUAGAGGGUGAGGAUCCUACUACCAUGCAUAGCACCCCUAAAUCAGGGCAGAAGAUUACUAUUGAGGGCUACCACGCCAGAGAACGCUCACCUGCCCUAUACUCACCAUUCAUGUACUCAGCCUGUGCUGUGUUGAUGUGGCCAAAAAGAACCAAGCUUGAAAUCAUACCACCUGCCUUACUGGACCUUGUCCUGAUCCUGGCCUCAAAGGACUUGUUCUCACAGUUCCAGCGGCUUUGCAGACUAGGCAUCGGCUGAUCCCAGGCAACAUGGGGGGCAUUUUGUUUAUCUUUCAUGUGUCAUGGGGAUGACUCCUGUAUUCUCAUUUUCUACUCUAUAUUAGUCUUGUAUAGUACAAACAGUUACCUCUGUAUGACAAUAUGACAAGCCUGUUUAACUACAGAUAUUUCUAACUAACACCUUUCAUGCAAUCCAUCCAUAAAUAGUCAUACUUUCCUAUUAGACUACCUUAACUGAUUUCUCUAUCUAUUUGAACAACAUUUUCUUUUUAUUAGAAUAUGCAUGAGCAUGUUUCUUUCACCAAAAUUGUGCUGUUAUUUCAAGUGCCAUGACAUUGUCUAUUCUGAAUUUUCUUCAUAAGCUUGUACCUGCAGUUGUGGUAUUACAAGCAUGUUUGUAACUCUCAGCAUGGAAAAAUAAAGAUUAACAAAAACAGGUGAAUUAAAACAGGUGAAUUCACACAGGCAAAUUUCAUUCCAGCGUAUUCACACAGGCAAAUUUAAUUCCUAAAAGAGGGCUUAAGAAAAAUAGACUUAACUUGUAACACUAAAAUUGAAACACCAUGAAUAUUACUAUGGUUUAUGGUAAUAAACAUUUUCAUUGUAGCACAAUGUUGUAUAAAUGCAAUUUACAGCUUCCAGGUUUCCAAAAUUGAGGUGCGCAUUAGCUUCGAUAAUGCAUUAGAUUCAAAUAAAUACGGUAUAUAUUCUUAAAAACAAUGUUUAUAUUAAAGGACCACUAUAGUGCCAGGAAAACAAACUCGUUUUCCUGGCACUAUAGUGUUAAUAGGUCCCUCCCACCCUGAUGGCCCCCCUCCCGCCGGGCUCUAGGGGGAGGAAGGUGUUGAAGGCUUAUCUUUCUUCAGUGCCGAGCUCCCUUGGCGCUGGGGACUCUCCUCCCUCUUCCGCCGAAUGCGCAUGCGCGGCAACAGUCGUGCGCGCAUUCAGUCAGUCCAUAGAAAAGCAUUCUCAAUGCUUUCCUAUGGACGCUGGUGUCUUCUCACUGUGAAAAUCAUAGUGAGAAACACGGAAGCGCCUCUAGCGGCUGUCAAUGAGACAGCCACUAGAGGCUGGAUUAACCCUAGUGUAAACAUAGCAGUUUUUCUGAAACUGCUAUGUUUACAGCUGUAGGGUUAACCAUAAAUGGACCUGGCACCCAGAACACUUCAUUGAGCUGAAGUGGUCUGGGUACCUAUAGUGGUCCUUUAACUCCUUAAGGACACAUGACAUGUGUGACAUGUCAUGAUUCCCUAUGAUUCCAGAAGUUUGGUCCUUAAGGUGUUAAAGAACUAUCUUUGUGUGUUGCAGAAAUCGAUUAUUUUUUUUGACGCGAAUGCACUAUAGCCUUGUCAAAUUUGAUGAUCUCAGCCACCAUGGAGGCUGGACUGAGCCAGCUGCAACAAGACUGGCGCAACUCUGGAAUAAAGGUAAGUAAACUCGCCUUUUAAUGGGAGGCAAUGGGGGCGCAAGCCUAACUAUUGUUAUUACAACUAUUGUGCCAGAAACACGUGUGUAUUCCUGACACUACAGUGUUUCUCUAAGACGUCAACAAAAUAAAAUGCAAUAACAAGCAAGUGGCUAAUUGUUUUAGCCAAUCACUGUUCUCCCAAAGAAACAUAUGGGAGCAGCACAAAGUAUAUAUGCUUGCUACAUUCAGCCAAUCACUGUUCAUUACAACAUUUAGGUGUGCCUACUGAAAGCACUCAGGGCCCACAAAAGAAACUGAAUAUUUGUCGACAUAUUAGUUUUGUAGAUUCAUAUCAUUCUACACCGGCAGAAACACUGAUCUGAAAGAAUUGAAGGGUAAAUUGUGACAUCAGCCUGCUUGUUGGAUCACACACUGAGGAAGUCCAUACAGACUUCAUAGCUGUACGAAUAUAAACAGGAAGGCAGCAUUUAAUGUUUCACAAUUAAUCGGAUGAUUCAAAGCCACAUGCAGUCAUUAUAGUUAUGUGAUGAUACAAACAUAAUAAUUAACAAGAGAAUUUAAACUUCUACAACAAAAUGGCUGAACUGAAAUACAUCACCAGAUUAUACAUGUCCACUAUUCUGAUCCACUAUUCUGAUCUAAAAAUUUCAAUUCCUUUGUCAUCUAUCAACUAUUUAUGUUCAGGCUAUAAAGCCAACCAGAUCAGGGAUAACUGAAAUUAAGACCCCCAGACCAUGCUUCUCAACUUUGGGAGGUAUGUAAGAGGAAGAGCAUAGGGCCAUGGCAGGAUGCAUAUCAAUAACACAGUUAGCCUCAAUGAUGACAAGAAUUGGGGCAUAGCAAUAUGGCAUGCACGCAGGCUAGGCUGGCUGGCAGCUGUAGUGGCCAGCCCACCUCAAGAAUAUUCCACAUGCAGAGGAUUCCGGAAACACUCAUAAGUGUAAAUAAGGAUGUGCCCUUUCUCUGGUGUCCCAAAGGAACACAUUCAGACACACAUUUGAACAGGGUUUAGAGGUUGAUCAAGAAGGCAGCCAAACAAGGCACAAAUGGUCUGAAAUCACUUACCGCAGCUGAAAGUGGAUUUAACAAUCGGGAUAAAUGAGCAGCCUCCUAUACCUGACAUUCUGCUCACUUCCCAAAAACUUCAAGCAGAAGAAGAGAGUUUUUAAAGGUACACUUCAUGCACCACAACCACUGCAACCCAUGCGCUGGCCCAGUGUAAUUUGUCAAACUGUUGUAGUACUGUUUGACAUCUUAUUUGGGUUCUCCUUUAGAAUAAUCUGGUUAUCUCUAGUGUGUUAACCAGGGCCAUGCUCAUCAGGUCAGUGUUCUCAGCCAAUGAGUGAAGGCUUGUAUCUGCUGUGCUGUUCUGCAGGAGAAGACUGGGUGUAGUUUGGGAGCCCGGGGCACCAAUAUACAUUUUGGCAUGUAUAUAUUAGGAUCUGGGCAUUUAUUUUUUUUUUACAUAUCUGUAAUCUGCAGGCUGAAACAGUUAUUUCCUGCCAUGAGAGAGACGUUUUCAGAUAUUAUCAAUACAUAAGAUACAAAGGCAGUUAUAUAGUAAUCUAGAUUGAAAAAAAGACCACCAAGUUCAAUCAAUAAUGGAUUACAAGUAUAUAUGGCCUCAUGUACAACACUGCGCCAGUUAAAUUAAUUGGAAUUUUAUGCUCUGAAUGUAUCAGGCACUGACAAGCACACAAUCUAUAUUCAAAAAUAAAAACAGUGCAGAAAUAAAACACAACUAAUAAUGUUUAACCUUUUAAACUCAUCUCACUUUACCAAUUUCUCUGGCAGCCUCCUUUCCUGAUUAACUGAAGCCAUACAUUGAUGUUCUCCAGCCUCCACAAGUUAAAAAUGUUUGUAUUUACCUCUGUAUUAUAGUUAUAGAAGUAAAAAAAGACGACAGAUAUGGCCAGCGAAAUGAAUGUGUGAAGUCACUCACCCCAAAUUCCUAUGCUUAUUGGGCAUUGUGCUAUGUAGCAAAAACAUUAUUUGAGGGUUUGGGUAAACACAUAUACUUGUCUCUUCAGCUGAAUGUUUGAGCAGGUUGUGGCAACUUUGAAGUAAGUGCAAUUUUAUAUGUACAAUUUCUGGGAAUUUUGCUAGUACUAUGUGUGACGAAACAUCGUCACUGAAUGCCAUCCCCAAGCGCCGACUGGUGCAAGUAGGGUUUCCGCCCUUUCUCCUGAUUGGCCGCCACGUAUUUUAGGCACUCUGUGGAGCUCCUUUCAGGUAUGUACAGAGCCUCAAGCCCAGACUUUGUACAGUGAUUUCUCGGGCUCUGUACAUCCGAUAGCUCAGCUAUUUGCAGGGAUCAUAGCUGGGACCAGGAGCUAUUUGGGGAUGUAUGGCAUUUGGGGAUGCGUUACUGUAUUGUGGGUAUUUUCGUGGUUUUGGUGUGUUCGGCUUCCUGGGUCCGGGAGAUACCAUUAUCUCCCAGACAUAGCGACGCCUGGGCGGGCUUAUGUUUUCAUGUUACUUUGAAUGGAGACCUCCUGCUGGGGGUCUGUGCAUAAAUACCAUGUAUCUUGCCUGAAAUAAACAGUUCUAUUUCACCCUUCACUAAGUCUCGACUAGUGCUUGAGUGAUACCAUGAUUGCCCUCCUGCAAGCGACUAUAACUACUGGCUAGCCGCUCUAAUCACUCUAGCCCCCGGGCACAACAAGGAAGGGGCAACCACAGGCGGGAGUAACCCAUCCUCGAGAGGGUAUACCGCCACACUAUAUAUGAAAUAUGUGCAUAAAAAUGUUGACCUUCUUAUCUAUAUACGUUUUUAUAUUUUAUGACACUUACGAGGAAGCACUAAAAUUGCAUUCUAAUUUAGUGAAUCUGACAAGCUACCCAUGUGGACUGAUAUUUUACUCUCUUAUACUCUAAAUUAACAGUGUUGUACAGAUCUUUAACUGAAACAUAAUAGCUGAACUCUUGACUAGCCUAGAUCAUCAUGUGAUGAUAAAUGUGACAUUUUUAAAAAUAAAUCAAGAAUUUCCAGUGGAGAGAGUGUUCAAGUAGAUAAUUGUGGAGUCCACGCUUGAAAUGAUGUUUUCAAAGGAGAUGUACUAUCAAUAAAGUAAAACAAUUUGGAGAAGGCCUGUCUAGGACAAUGAAGCCUUUGUGUUGGAGUUGUGGAAGAAGAAAUCAUGUGAAAUACAAGAUAGUUUGGAAAAAGUCAGGAGUGGAAACAGAAGAGAAUGAUAAUCCUCAAUUCAUUAUUAAUGUUGGACUUUUACUGUGUAACAGUAUUAUAUAUUGGCUGAAAGUCUCCUCAAUUGAAGGAUUUAAGUGUGCUUGGAUUGAGUCAACGAUCAGACAUAUUCCAGCAAGAUCUACAAUGUAGAUCAUUGUAGGAUAACGGUUAUAUGAAAGAGCUACACUGUAAGCAAUCUAAAAUUAAUAUUCUUGGAAAAGCUUGCUAUUUAAAGAAAUGUACUUAUCCAGUAAAAGAAGCAUGAUAUUGACUGUGCUUUGACUAUAGCAUGUUUGGGAGCCACGCAAAAUAUAUAUCUUCACUACCGUCUUCAGAAUGUUUGUUCCAAAUCUUAAAGGGACACUGUAGUCACUAUAAGCAUUUCAUCUCUUUGAAUUGGUUAUAGUGCCUGGAGUACCCUGGCACUGUCCCUCCAUUCAGGGUUGCACCAUGUUCGUGCAGUAUGCCACAAAAUAAGAGCCCCUGGCCACCCACAGUCUGGCCCCUUCAGUAUGUGUAGCUAAGGCAGAGAUUACACACUUCCUUGUUGUCAUACCCACUCAUACCGUCAGUUGGAGCUCUGACAGGCUAAAAGCAGUCAGCUGACACUCUCAGCCAAUCACAGCUGCCCAUUUCUGCUCAGGCUAAUACUUCCUUAUUAGCCAAAGCAGCACAGAGGGGAUGGAUUGCCGGGGACUCUUGUUUAGCAUUAAAACAUUAAAACUUUAAAAACUGUUUAAUGCUGAUAGAAAUGUUGGGACCAGAAGACUCCAGACACUAUAACCAGUUUAAUGAGAUGAAGCAGAUACAGUGCCUACCGUGUCCCUUUAAGAUUCUAAGAUUCUAGAUUCAACAAAAGGAAGAAUUGUUGCAGCCGGGCAGUAUGAUAUGUGCCUAUUGGGUUGCUCUGACUUAAAAUAAAUUUAGUGUAACUUUAACCCCGGCUGGAUGCAUUAUGGGCCAGAACAAAAUAAUAAGAUUAGGUGACAGUAAAGUGCUUUGGUGUACGAAACGCGUAGAUCCACUAUACUCUGAGCCUGUCUAUUGGAUGUCAGUGUGAUGAUUUUAAUCCAAAUGUGGAAAAUAAAGGGGAGUUAAUUACUGUGUAAUGUGCAGUAACUGAUUAUUCCUUAGAAUCACUAUUCUAUAUCUUCAUUUAGCAAUACUUUGAUUAACCAUUUUUUUAUUUAUUUUUUGGUGGCAACGAGGUGGGAAUUUUUCAUUCAUUUAUUUUGAAGAACGCCAAAGCAAUGACUCUUAUUGCCAGUAUUUGAAUACCGUGAACUGCAGGAGUGAAGGUACUUCAAUCCGGUGUUUAUUAUAAAUGGGUUUUCCAUCUUAUAGGCCAGUUAUUCGCAUUAAUCCUGUGUCUCCAAUUCUGUUAACAUAGUAGAUUGUAGAUAUACGUCUUGUGUGUUGUGUGACCCCUUGAUAGUGAGUGUUUUCAAUUGAAAUUGGAGCAGGCAUAGAAUAGGGCAAUGAGGCUCAGCUUGCACUGUAACCUGAAAGAUGCCAGCCUCACUAUCCUUGGUGUACUUACAAUAUUCACCUUAUGUCUUAUAUUUGAGAUGAGACCCAAGCAAGUCAUCAGGCAAUCAUCUGGUUUUUUUUUAAACAAAAUUUUGGACCUGAUUCGCUGGGUUUUCAAAUUAGAUAUCUAAAGUUAGAUUGCAUUGUGUGAACCUCUGCUGUUGUUGUUUGUUAGAAAUUCUAUGUGCAGGGCCUGAUUUCCCAUUACGCAAAAUAGGUACCUGCCUACAGGCGCCUGUCCAGUAAAGGGGGCCUAUUUACAGCAAUUAUAAUGUGCCUUUUUGGGAUUUUAUAUGCUGAUGGGGAGAUAUAACUACCAGGAGACUUGACCAGUGUCCUCUGUAGGCCAUUCAGUCCUAAUAGCAGAGCUGCAGAAACAUUUGUAAUAUUCCAUGCUGCCCCAGCUCCUCCAGUGUCUGAGUGUGAGACUGGACAGGAAGUGGAAGGGAUCACUUCCCAUCUGCCCUCUAUCAGCCUCUCACACAGGAAAUGCCUUGUAGGAGGAGCAGGGACAGCACUGAGUGAUACACACUGUAUAACAGCUCCUGCAACUCUACUAUCAAUCUUAGCAGACUGACUGGUUUACAGCAGACAAAAGAGGUUGAGCACUUUGCAAUUAACUGUUCAAUCUCCACAUGCCCUAAACACCCCUUUUCUCUAACCCCUCACAAAACCUAAAGAAACUACUUUUUUUUUUGGCACCAGCUUAAUGUAGUGGUUCUGGUGUCUAUAGCUUGUUCCUGCAGGCUAAAUAAUGUAACUGCUGCCUUUUCAGAAAAAGGCAACAUUUACAUUGCUGCCUAGUAACACCUCUAGUGGCAGUCACUACGACAGCCACCAGAGGCGCAAAAGCCUCACCAUGCUUUCCUGUGGGAAACAAUUGGAUUGGCUAAGAUCAUCAAGAUUGAUGAUCUCAUCCAUGGAGCCAGGGCCAGCUGCGGUGAGGGCGUCCGGGAACCCUAAUAGGUAGUUCAAAACUAUAGUGUUAGAAAUGCAAACACAAUAGUGUUCCCUUAAGCACUCAAAGCGUAAAACUGAAAAUAUACCCUUUACCUUAAUCCCAUGUUUACAUCCUUUUAAAAAUUAAACACCCUAUGUAUCCCAAUACAAAAUUUAGUUCAGAUCUAAACAUAAUAAUCCUAAAUGGUUGUGUCCAUCAUUAGGUAUAAUUUUUUUUCAAAAAAUAAUAAUAAAAAAAACAUGCACUGCAUACAACAGGUAAUAACGAAUAAAGAAUGCUAUGUAAGAAUGGUGUCCGUUUUUGUAAGUAUAAUAGAGUUGGCUGCUCGUUAAUGCAUAAAAUUGGCGUAUAGUAAUAUAAUAAAGUAAAAUAAUGAGAACAAUGACUGGUCAAAAAAACAAUAGAAUAAAUACAUUGAAACACUAAAAUAAAAUAAUGCAAACCAUAGGUUGUCGGAAAAACAUAGCAUAGAGAGGCUGCUGAGGGUUUUUAUGGGGGGGAAUGAAUGAUCAAAAAUACAGCCCCAUGGAUCUUAAGUAUGGGGUAAGGACUCUGGUCAGCAAGCAUCUAUACUAUAUUUAUAUAUAUAUAUUAUACUAUAGACUCUAAGUUCGUUUGAGCAGGGUCCUCUUCAACCUAUCAUUCCUGUAAGUUUUCUUGUAAUUGUCCUAUUUAUAUUUAAAUCCCCCCUCUCAUAAUAUUGUAAAGCGCUUGUAACGGAUCACCUGGCUCCCCGACUGGGUACCUCUGUUGAAGGAUGCUCCUAGCGCUUCCUUAGGGCUCCAAGCACUCCAGCCAACACCAUAACCACUGUAGCUCCUUACAAGAGCUUAGUAGUGAUAUAGCAAGGGAGUAUAACUAGCAUAGCAAUCCCUUGUAGCAGAUUCCCCCAAUAAGAGACGGCACUCCAAAUUGAGGGUGAAGUAGAACUGCCAGAGCUGUGGGUUUAUUGUUCUUAUAUACACAUUCUUACACAUUAGUCCCACCCACAUGGUUUUGUAAAACAACCAAUAAACACGUACAACACACUCAGACAUUCCCACACAAAAUCCUCCCCUCUGCCUGUGAUACAAUUACCUUACACAAUGGGUUAAUGUAAUUAUCACAGGCAGGAAAAUACACAGUUUUACACAAUAAACAUAACUUUAAAAGUAUGCAUCAAGGACUGCCGUUGGGGUACCACAAGCAUGUAUGUUAAAACCAUAUGCACUACAAAAAUAAAGAAUAAUAAAAAAAAAAAGUAUGCAUCACAUUCACAUAACAUUUUCAGAAUCAGCAUACUCCAAAUACAAACAUACGUCAUAAUCAUACAAAUUGGUCCAGUGGGUCAAAGUUAGAUCGAUGUCCUUUGUGACCAAAUGAAGCAUGGCUUUUCUGCCCAAAACCGUUUCCACAGAGUCUUCUAUCCUGGAGAUAAUUGGCAAGGACAGAGGCAAAACUCCAUUAGCCACAUGGUAGCAAAAGACAAUAAAAUACAUAAAUAUAUAUAACUGUGCAGCUAUUGCAUAAAACAGGUACAUUCAGAUCUGAAUCACAUUAUUACUGAAUGGCGCUCAGAUCACAUAUAUACAGUUCAAUUGCCAUGGAGCGAAAGUCUUUCACAUAGUCUUUUGUUAUAUGAAUGGGCUCCAUGGCAUAGCUAUCUGGGGUAUCACUGUUCAAAUAGGGAAAAUGCCGAAUGACCCGGCUUUCGGGUCUUUGCAGGGGAAAAUCAAGCAUUUCAACAUGGGGCCAUAGUCACAGGGCAGGAGGCUGGCAGUCAGUCUUCUCCAAUGCCCAGUGACAAUGCCCAGUAUGUAGCAGCGCUACAUAAUCUGUUGGCACUAUAUAAAUGGCAAUAAUAAUAAUAAUACAUCUGCUCUAUAAUCCCUGAGUACUGGGGGACAGGCAUGUAGCCAAACUAUAAUUACUUUUUAUAUAAUGUGAGUAAAAAGAAAAUCAUAACAGCAUUUAAAGGAUCACUGUAGGGUCAGGAACACAAACAUGUAUUCCUUACCCUAUAGUGUUAAAACCACCAUCUAGCCCCCCUGGGCCCCUCAUGCCUCCAUAAAAAUAACAAAAUCUUACUGUAUUCAAGCAUGAAGCUGUAGAUCUGCAUGCUGUUUGCCUCAGAAUAGCAAGUUGUCUGCUGACAUCAUCAGAAAUGGUAGCCGGAUCCAAUCACAAUGCUUCCCCGUAGGAUUGGCUGACAAAAAGGCAGAUCAGGGGCAGAGCCAGCAUGAUUCAAACACAGCCCUGGCCAAUCAGCAUCUCCUCAUAGAGAUGAAUUGAAUCAAUGCAUCUCUAUGAGGAAAGUUCAGUGUCUGCAUGCAGAGGGUGGAGAUACUGAAUGUUUUGAUGCAUUUUAGGCAGCCAUGACCCAGGAAGGAUCUCUAACAGCCAUCUGAGGAGUGGCCAGUAAAGUUAUCACUAAGCUGUAAUGUAACAUUUUCUCUGAAAAGACAGUUUUUACAACAAAAAGCCUGAAGGCAAUGAUUCUACUCACCAGAACAAAUUCAAUAAGCUGUAGUUGUUCUGGUGACUAUAGUGUCCCUUUAAGCAAAGUAACUUAAAGAGACUCUCCAGUGCCAGGAAAACAAACCGUUUUCCUGACACUGCAGGUCCCCUCUCCCUACCACCCCCCCCCCAUUCCAGGUUGCUGAAUGGGUUAAAACCCCUUCAGUUACUUACAUGUAUCCAGCAUCGAUGCAUUAGACCUCCCCAUAGGAAAGCAUUGAAUAAUGCUUUCAAUGCUUUCCUAUGGGGAUUCCAGGUCAACCCAAAGUUUCUGCAAGGAGCAGACAUGCCAAUUCACCAGUCUAUUUAAAUGUGUUGCUUAAUAGUAUGUGAACAACACCAGUACAACCGACCCACCCAUACUCUUUAGCGAAACUAGCUGGGAUUACCUGAUUCUUGCCACCCCCUGUUCCAAACAAACCGGCGGGUUACUACCAUUAACAACUGAAAGAACGCCCUGAUGAGUUCCUCAGGAAUAGUGUUUAACAGGUACAAGACGUGAAGUAAGAUGUUCAUCUUAACCUCAUUGAUGGGGCCAAGCCAUGAAAUAAAGAGUAACACGCAAUUUAAGUUCCUCAUCUAUGUUAUUAGUCACAGCGGCUCCUUGCUGUAUAACUUGUCUGUCACAUUCCAAAAUAUAUUGAAAGCUUUUGAGGAUGAGUCUCACUGCCACUGGAUCUGUCUUUUGCAUUUGUCAUUUUAUGUUUAUAGUAUUGUUUAAUUUGUUGUCUUUUUAUUAAAUGCAUUAUUAUAUGUGUAAUACUGCGGUUUAUUCACUAAUUGUAAAGAAAUUACAAAAAAAGGAUUUGAAAACAUUUUCUAAACGUGUUAUUUUCCUAUAUCACAUAUUUUAGUCUAUAUUUAAUAACUGAUCAUUUAACUAAUGGUUUAGUGCACCUUUCCUGUAUGGUGCUGAUUAGUUGUGGACUUCCCAAACAAUGCUCACAGAAUAAAUGGAAAAAUCAGUCAUAAAACCACAAACUAUUAGAAUAGUGCACUUAGCACCACCUAGAGGUCAGAAGGAAAAUAGCCAUUCAUCAAAUUCCUAUUUCUUUUCAAAUAUUUUUUAAAGGUUUUAUAUUUUUACAUCAACAUAUGCAAUACUUUUAUAUUGGAUACAUAUAAGACAAAUUGUAUAUGGAGAUACAUACAUCAAAUGUACAAAAAGAGUAAAAACAAAACCACAACAAAAAAUGAGUUUAUAGUAACAACAAUAAAAUUACUUCAUUAGUCAUGAGCCAAUCUAAGCUAAUAAAUAUGUAUGUAUAUAUACCAAAAAUACAAGUAGCUCCUGCACUCACGCUCCAAUGUCCCUUACUAGCCGGGUGCAAACCAAAGACAGCUUCAAUAUCCAAGAAAAUCCAAUUGUAUGGCUGCACUCACGGUUUAAAAGUCCAAAGUUUAAUGAAAAAAACGGUUUAAAACAUCAAGUGAUCAACGUUUCAGUCAUAUAAGACUUUCAUCCUGAUGAAAGUCUUAUAUGACUGAAACGUUGAUCACUUGAAAGUUGAUCACUUGAUGUUUUAAACCGUUUUUUUCAUUAAACUUUGGACUUUUAAACCGUGAGUGCAGCCAUACAUUUGGAUUUUCUUUUAUGUAUAUAUAUAUAUAUAUAUACACACACACACACACACAAUUGUUUAAUUCUAAAAUCUUACUCUACUAGCCAGUUCUUAAAACAUUACUUCCCAUUGCAGCCUGGAGAAUCCAUGUUGAAUUUACAGAAGCGGAUUUCUACUCACCAGGGCUAAAAUUUGAACCCUAAAUAUAUGUGUGUGCACUGGGCAUUGAUGCUUGCACUCCUGGAUUAGAAUAUCAAUGCCCGUUGCUGGUCAGGCACAAAAUACAGACAAAAAUAAAAAUGACCGCACACCAAGGACUUCGUAUGGGUAAAAAUAAAAUAUAACUUUUAAUUUAUGACAUUAAAAAGUCAUAAAUAUACAAUAAGAGUGGAUGGGGCCAGACAGGAGUGUGUAAUGUCAUGAUAAAGUGAUCAUAUUAGAUUGAGCUCAUGAGGGGGCAUAGCCCAUGACAGACCCAUGUCAAUGGUGAUGCUUGCCCACUGACAGCCUGUUUGAUUGAUUUUGAGCCUUCAGGAUUAUGCAGGAAGUGCUGCAGAAACACCCCCUGCAUGGUCCUAGUGGGAACACCUCCCAACCAAAUUGGGACAGUGUGCAGAACCCCGGAAAUCGGAACUCUCCAACCAAAAGUGGGACUGUUGGGAGGCUUGUAUUUGCAAUGUAUAUCCAAUAGCAAAUUCCUAAAAAAUUAAUUUGACUGGUACUGUGUUUCACCUGUCUCUAACAUAGACUCUCUUCCUGCCUUUAGACUGCAGUUUCACAUGUCACUAUCGAUGCCGAGCGCUUAUUAGAUUAGAUUGCAGCAGAGUAACUGAAUUUGAGAGUGAUGUGGAUUGUACUCUUGAGACCUCAUGGGAAAAAGACACUAAUGUGGUAAGCAAGACAAUUGUUUUUAUCAUUAACAGCUUUCUUUGCAUAUGAUCACAGGAAGAAAAAAAUAGUAAUCUAACGUCUUGCAAUGUGUCAUAUGUUCACACUGUCAACCAUUACACUGUUUAUUAUUUAAUCAAAUUAGUCUGUUACAAUUCUCUGUGUUAAGAGCAUCCAAGUGAAAAUGUGAUUAUUCCAUGUGAGAUCUCUUUGCGCUCUGUGAUGUUAAAAUUAAAGUGAGGCUUCUAUUAUGUAUUUAGAUAAAUGGGCAAGACAAAUUACAUGAUAUGAUUCAGGGUGAAAUAAAAGUUGUGAAUAAAGCUUAAAAGUGGAAUAUCAAGAAUAAUUUGAUGGGCACUCUACUAUAAUCCCACUGUUAUUCUCAGGAGUCCUCUUGUGCCAUCCCACAGUUAAGAGUCAAACCAUUUUCAAACAUUUUCAAAUGUUUGACAUUUACCUGGGUACCACAGAGCCUACAUUGCAGUCACCCUGCACAGAUUUCCAAUAUUGGUUUUGUCCAUUUUUGGAAGGAAUUUAUUGGCUGACGGAGAUAUCGGUGAAGAGGGUCCAGCCUACAAUCUCCUGAGGGACUCAGGUAAGUAAUUCUGAUCAAGAACAGCUUGACCCUUAAAGGACCACUAUAGUGCCAGGAAAACAUACUCGUCAAUGAGACAGCCACUAGAGGCUUUGCAGGCUGGAUUAACCCAUUUAUAAACAUAGCAGUUUAUUUGAAACUGCUAUGUUUAUAAAAAAAAAGGGUUAAUCCUAGAGGGACCAGGCACCCAGACCACUUCAUUAAGCUGGGUGCCUAGAGUGGUCCUUUAACAAUGAGAUGGUUCUAUAUGGCAAGACAGGCCUAUAAUUUACUUGAUACAGCAGGCCUGGAGAGUCCAUGGCACCGUGGGUAUAGGAACUGGGGAGAUGGAGACACGAAUCCCUCUAGAAAAUCUGGCGUAACUUUUAAGAUUAUAUGAUUCACUGCUAAGAAAUUCAAGAAACAUGUUAAAAUAGUUGGUUAUCCUAUUCUCCUAAUAGACUAGUGAUAAGAUAUAAUUUUGCCUCCAAGGUUUAAUGUUCCCUAGGCAGGGUUGGGUUGACUUUCUUUGGUUCCUUUGUUAAUGCAUGUCACAAUGCUUGGGCUGAAUUUUUACUUUCCAUUGGCUAGUGGGCGAAUAGGAAUUUUGAGCCUUGUGUUGCAGUAUGCAUUAACAUAUCUACUUUGCCAAUGUAUACUAACUAUAGUCCUUUAGUUUAAAAGAUAUUAGGUUUUUAUUAUAUUAUAAAAGUAAUUCAGGAGGAAAUUAUCAUAUUUAAUUAAUUAUUGCAUGAAAUAUAUUGCAAACCUGGGGCAAAACCAAAAGGAUUACUAGUGAAUUUCAUAACAAAGUCCUUGCUCAUAGUCGUCCUAUUCGUCCCCCUGCUCAGUCCCCACAACCUACACACACUUUAACCCUUGCAGUGCUGGGUUAAACGUAUGCAAAAGUUCAAAUUCUGCAGACCAGAAUUGACUAAGCUGAUUUUUAGAGUAGGCAAAGCUCAAGGCUGAUGAUGUAAUGUGUGGGGACUUUUAAACUAUUAUUAUUUUGGCGUUUUUGUUUUUGUGUAUUUUUCUAAAGCAUUAUCUCAUCCUGCAUUAAAAAAGGUCAGUUCCACUUCCCAAUUUCAGUAACAUUUGUUGUGGAUGGGGAAUGAGUAAUGAGAAUGAGAGUUCCGCUUUAAUGUAAAUGGUUGACAAUCCUUUAGAAUUAUUUGCAUUAAAAUGUUAUAACCGCGGCAAGAACAAACACCAAUUUAUUUACUUUAAUCAUGCACAAGGACGUUUUUUAACUUAAAAGUAUAACAACCUACCUGUUUUACGACAGCUCGCACUUACGAACAAGCGUAAGUGCGAGCCGUCGGGGGGAUUCUCUGCUAUGGUGCGCAUGUCUAGGUUCGGGGAAAUUUCCACGAACACAUAUGAACGCACGAGAGCAGAGAUUCCCUCUAAUCUAUGUUCAGGUUUCCCCGAACAUUGAUGAACGCCCCAGAGCAGGGAAUCCCUGAACUGUUCACUUACCGACCAAUUCGUUCUACGACCGGGUCGUAGCAACGGAACCCAGUCGGUAAGUGAGGAGUGUCUGUAUUAAGUUAAAAAUAACACUGGAAACAUUCUUCAACUCUUUUUUUUUAUUUUGAGAUUUGUUGGCAAUUUGGUAUUGAAUUCACUGUUCAGUAAAUAAACACCUACAGAAUUAUUGUGAAAGAAAAAUUAAAUAUGAUAUUCAUGCAUACAUUAUACAGUAGUCUCAAAAGUUUGCAUACCCUGGCAGAAAAUGUGAAAUUGUGGCAUUGAUUUAAAAAAAAAAUUAAUGAUCAUGCAAAAAAUAUAUAUUUUAUUGAAGGAUAGUGAUCAUAUGAAGCCAUUUAUCAUCCUAUUUAUUAUCACCUUUUUAAAUCAUAAUGAUAACAGAAAUCACCCAAAUGGCCCUGAUCAAAAGUUUACAUACCCUUGAAUGUUUGGAGGCCUCGUAUACAACUAUUACAAAAGACUGCAGGCGGUCAUUGAUGCUAAAGGGGACAAUACUCAGUAUUAAGAACUAAGGGUAUGCAGACUUUUGAACAGGGGUCAUUUAACUGUUUUCUUUGUUGACAUGUUUUGUUUUAUGAUUGUGCCAUUCUGUUAUAACCUACUGAUGACUAUAAAUCCCAUAAGAAAUAUAAGAAAUGUAUUUUGCCUGCUCACUCAUGUUUUCUUUAAAAAUGGGACAUAUAUCGUGGAGAGUGCUCCCUCGCCGCCUGUGGCCAUUUUGUUUUACAAAACUUUGGCGGAACCUCAUUUGUGUUCUCACAGAACCACAGGGUUCCGCGGAACACCAAUUGGGAAACACUGCUCUAAGGGUAUGCAAACUUUUGAACACAACUGUAGCCAUAGCCAUCACCAUGGAAACAAUGGAUUGUUUUUACUGGUUCCAUUGGUUUCCAUGGUGAUUGCUGCACUUUUAGAAUUACCCACAAUUUUUAUCUUAUUUGUAUCCACCAUAAUUUUUUUAAUCUAAUUUGAAACGCUGAAAAUAGUUUUCCUGACUGCAGGCCAGUGACAUCAGAUAGUCUGCAGUAAACAUAGUCAGACUUAAUGCCAGAUUUGUUUUGUUUGAGUAUAAUUUUGUAUGGCGGAGGUGAGAAAAAAUUAUUCAGUUUUUGUUCGUAAAUAUGUGUAUAUUUUACUAAUUGUCUGGAAAUGCCUCUUUGUUAUGUUAUUAUUACAACACCAUUGUUACUGUUAUAGAAAAUAAAGAGGAUAAAAAUGCUUAAACAUGACCGACAAUACAUACUUCUCUUUCUAAAGUUAUGGCAUACAAAUAUCCACCCUUCCGUUGCUUGACCUUGUAAUGUGACAAAAGUAACAGUAAUUCUUCUAUGUGAUGUUGCGUCAAAGUAACAAAAAGGUUAAAAAUAAAUGUGUGUUCUUUGAAUGAAAUAAAGGUCAUUUUAAAAUGCUAUUCAAAUGGUGAAAAAAGAUCAAGAACUUUUCAAAGAAGAAAUGUCAGUUCCCAGGAAUGUCAGUAUUGGAUUUACUUAUCACUAUGUUUAAGAAAUAUGUAUUAGUGAGCUGUUUAAAAUUAAAUUAAAUGUAGAAAUACAAUCCUAUUGCUUUCAUUAAUAAAUAAAACUGAAAGGAAAACUGUAGGGUCAAUUCUUGACCCUGUAGUGUUAAAAAGGCAUAUGGGGUCCCUGCCCCCUCUUAAAGAAUAAGGAAACUUGCCUUAUUUUCAGCACCGCACGGGUCCGUUUGUGCUGGCCUCACCCCUGAUCCACCUCCUUGGCUUUUUUUGUCAUUUAAAAGGGACACUAUAAGCCCCAGACCUACAGAAUAGCAAAGAGCGAAUUGGAUAGAAUGUUGAUACUUGGUCUUGACAUUAUUUUAAGAAACAACUGCUAUGGGCAUGAAGGUAGCACCCAGUUAUGCUAACCUCUUUAUGGCCGACUGGGGGGAAACCUUAAUUUGGUCUAACUGCAAAUGUAAAUCUUUUCAAAUGUUUUUUUUAUUAUAGAUAAAUUUGUUUCCAUAACAGUAAAAAUAAUGAUAUAAUAAGAAUAUAUAUGUAAAUAGCAUACAUAAAAAAAAAAACAAAAAAAAAAACAGGUGCAGAGCCAGUGCAUGAGAGAGCAAGACACAUAGUACCGCAGCUCCGUUUGCUAUAUCUGCUAGCGGCUGAUAUCAGACAAAAUGAGGCACACCAAGUCCUAAACAGCUCCACGUGUACCCUAUGACAUGGGGAAGAAGACGAAAAAGUGUCGAGCGGACCCCGGGUUCCCGAGAUAUUGGGGCUUUUAUGCGCACAGCCAUGCGGCCUGAUCCCUCAAUAUGUCAUAUUAUACAUUGCUACUAACAAAUGUUAAAAAGAGAUGAGUUUUGUGUCUAGAAAUAAAAUUAUUGAAGUGCGCGUCAGUCAGUUUAAUGUGAUGUCACUUCCUGUAUUAUGGUAAACGCAUGCAGUUUUAUUUGGUUUCAGCAAUGAAUGCUGGCAGGCCUCCAGUAAUCUAUAGCACUGCUGUGGGGGAUGUUUGCUUUAACAUAUGUAGAAAGACGAUGAUCUAAAACAGACGUUACUUAUUGAAUAAAAACAGCUUGCAUUUCCAUUAUACGUCUUCAGCCUGCAAAUUUACAUAUACUUUACUAGAAGCCGGUUAGCCUCUGACAUGCUAUGUUAAGUUAUGCCAAUCUCAGACUACUGUAAAGGUUUUAAGAGGCUUUGAACCAUAUGGUUUCUUUCUGCAAUCAGUGAAGCAAGCAGACAAACAAGUAAAAUAUGUUUUAAUGAACAAAUGUACCAAAAUUGAAUGUUUUGUGACUUCCUGGUUAUUGCAUAGGGUUACUGAACAAUGUAAAAUGUAUGUUAGAUUUAGCUCUGUGAAUGUAAAACAUUGUCAGAAGCCUCCUUUGUAAGUACAUUGUAUUAACAAAAACAUACCAAUAUUGCUAAGCCUGUCUGCCUACGUCAUUUGAAAAGACUUAAAGGGACAUUCCAUGUUGGAGUUAAGCCAUUUAGUUUUAAUGCAUAAUAUAAAUAAGAAGAAAACAAUACAAUAUGUUUUGUAAUAUUCACCCCUAAAGCAUCUGAGCUUGCUGAAGUGCUUUAUGUGUGGAGUGUGUGUAAAUGUACCUGGUUACACCCCCUGCAGCUGUCAAUCAGAUAACAGGUCCUGUUACUUCCUGGUUGUUUAGCGCAGUGGAGCUGCUUUGCAAAGACUUCUCAUUGAGCUGCAUUGGAAUGUCUGUGAUUGGACAGCAAAAGAAAGUCUGGGCUGGAAAGAAGACUUGCAGAGGCUGCAGACAAGACAACUGCAGCUUUUUAUUAUUUGGGCAUUGGAGUAGCCUUUUAAUGUUCAUGCAUUUUCUGUCCAGCUUUACAGCUUCUGUAGUGAGUGAACUAUGCCCAGACCAUGAAGUGAUCAAUCAUAACAUUCAGAAAUAUUUAGACAGGAGAAGCAUUAACAAACAUGCUACCCUAUAUGUCAUUCAUGAUCAAAUAAUACAUACAGAGGCUAUUUAACUUGUAAUCUUUUAUCUCAAUAAAAAAAUGUAAGACUUAUGUCAGGUUUUAUUAAAAUGGAUCAUGUCAAGGGAGUCACAUGUCUGAUUGAAAGGGGCACUAUAAUGUUAGGAAUAUAAAAUUAUAUUCCUAAAACAAUAGUAUCCCUCUGCAGUCCCCCCUCUCACUAGUCAUGAAAGGUUGUGGUUCCUCUGUGCUUGUUCUGUCUCCCACAAUCCUGGAACCUAAUGGACGUGUGUGGCAAAUGCUGCAUGCACAUUAGGGCUCUCCUGUAGGAAAACAUAAAAUCAUUGCCUUUCUACAGGGAUCUUCAAGAGGAUAUCCAGCGUCGCUUCACGGACUUAAACUCCGUGAAGCGCCAAGAAGAACUUCAAUGAGAUUAAAUGAUCGAUUAAAUGAUCGAGAUGCCUAUAGUGUCCCUUUAAGCCUUUCCCCGUCACAUACCCCACUUUGUAGCCGCACACGCACCUAUUGGUAGCUGAAUAUUGGCAAAUCCUGUCUUGUUAGAACUUGUUUUAAGUAAUUUUUUUCGAUCACAAAAUUGCUAUUCCACAACAGCUGGAGAGACAUAUGUUGCAUUGCAGAGACUGAGACCAAAUUUAGAAAAAAGAAUUAUCUGUGACAAACACAUCUCACAUUACUAUAUCACGUUACUCCCAAGGCAGCAGUAAUUCUCUUUAUUCAAAGACAGUGAAACAAUAAAAUAUUCACAUUACUGGGAAAGAAGCAAUUACCUAGCCAAGAUAAGUAUAAAUAUGUUUAAAAAGUUAAAUGUGGCUGGGUGGGGCCUGACUGUCAUGGUGGAGAGACAUGUUUUAAGCAAGCUCCUCUCCUAAGCUAACAUUAUAAACAUUUUUCAACCUCAUUAAGCAUGAUUUAAAUCAAACUCAAUGACCUACCUGGUUAUUGUCUUAGCUACUAUACCCUGCUGUGGUUAGAGAAUCGACAGAGGCUCGCUUUAAGUACAAUUUGGAACAUGUGGCCUGGAGCUCAAUGGGUGGGAGAGGCGGACGAUCUCCCAGACUGGAGCAGCCCAGCAGCACUCAACAUCGUUCAGUUGACCUGCUAUCCUCCCCCCUUCCCAUGAAUCGGCGGGGGUGAUCCCGUUCCACCCCAGGGAGGCUUCCCGGAGCUACAACACACUAGUGAAACCACACAGGCCGAUGGAAACUUUAGUGACGCACCAAACAUGGCUGACGCCUCAUGGCCCCCUGGCACCACCAAAGUAAAGCAUGACAUCCUAUCCAAGUUGGUCGAAAUAUUUAGAAAAUUCUGACAGAAGCUGGAAAGUAGGCUGCAUGAAGCUGCCCCACAACAACCGAGAGGACACUCACCCCAUACACCAACUCCACUCCUGCAGCUGAAGUCCACGACCACGGCUAGGACAAAGGCCCCAAAUUGAUGGUGAAGCAGAAAGCAUUCAUCGCUCUCAACACGAGUAGUGCACACUAAGUCACAGCAACGAUCUAGCACUGGGAUCCCAGACCUGCCGGAGAUACUGGGGGAAACUCAGAUUGUGGAAUAUGGCUUAGCCCUCCUACUCACCUCAAGGGUCACAGGCCUGCGGUAUCUCUCCAGGUUGCAGGGGAGUGUUAUACCCACAGAUAGUAUCGACUGAACUGUGCUGGCUUAGAGGAGCGUGUGGCCAUCCAUUUCACUCUUUAACCAUUACUUCUGUCAGGGAAAGUCACUGCUUGCAGCCCCUUCUUUACCUUAAUUUGUUUGAUUAUAACCAGCUACUCUGAAUCUCAUACGGGCAUUAUAUCCUACUGUGCUAUUUUUCCCAUUGCAUGCUCCACUGCAAGUCUGUUCCUGUUAUGUUUGUUUAUUUCUUAUUUUACUUGGUUUUACCUCUUAGUUACUCCUACUAACGCUGCAGCACAAAACUGGAGAAUAUAACUAGAAUCGUUAACCAUUCUAGUGAGAUCCUGCGGCCGGGGGUGAUUUUUCUCUGAAUGUUUGUCCACUAUACCUAUUAAACAUUACUAAGCUUAAAUCAAUCUAUGGCUUAAACUUAGGCUGCACUUUCUAAUUAGCAGUUAGUAUUGUUAAUCUAACUACUUGUACAGCUACAAAUGAUUGGCCAGCCAUACUUCCUACUCAGGCCCAUAUCUGGCAAUAUCCCAGUGUUUGAUGCCAUGCCUGAAAACAUUGUAUAUCACAGCCUGCGUGCAGCUAAAUAUGUCUAGCCUGUCAUCAAGCAUGUUUUAUUAUACUGAAGCACUGUCAGUUAGAGUAGCCAGACUGCUAUUACUUGACUCCAUACUGAUAUAUUUACCAUUCUGUUUAUUGAUUAGCUUGAUUUUACUUAUAGGGUUAGGAGUAGGGCAUGUUUAGGGUUAGGGUCGGGGUUAGAGGUAGGGUUAGAUUCCUGUCAUCAUUACCUUAAUUUUCCCUCCCUCUACUGUUUUGCCACUUUUCAAAAAUCCGAAGCACUUCGGCACUUCCGAAAUUCAGUGGUUCGGUUCGGCACUUCAGCAAUUCGGACAUGUCCGAUUUGCCGAAAUUCAUCGAAUUUACAUGUCUAGAGUAAUUAACAUCUUUUGUUUUAAAAGAACACAACAGAGUUCAAUGAUAUAAAUUAUAAAUAAUGAUAAAAAUUAUAGAUAAAAUUAAGCUUAUAUUUAUUAAUAUCUCCAACAAAUGCAAUACAUACAUACAAUACAUACACACAGACUGCUGAAUGCAGUCACAGACUGCUGAACACAUUCACACACUGACUGUUGAAUACAUACACACCGACAAACACACAGAUUGCUGAAUACAGGGCAAGCCGCCAGGGCCCUUUGUAGUAUCGGGUCCUCGGGUCAUGGACCAAGGACCCGGCACAUUAGUCUGCCCCAAGGCGAUUUAGGUGGCAGCAAAGCUCCAGUCACCAUGAGGCCUUAGGCGGCUGCCUAAAUCAUCUAAGUACAGAGCCGCCUCUGGGAGUAGCAUUAUGCAGAGCUUUGAAAGCAAGAACCAGAAUUUUAUAUUGAGCCCUAUCUCUUACGGGAAGCCAAUACAGGGACUGACAGAGGGGUGAGGAGUGGGAGGUGCGGGCAGACAGGAAGAUGAGCCUUGCCACCGCAUUCAUUAUAGACUGCAAUGGGGCAAGUUGGGAGCACGUAAAACCAGUGAGAAACGGAUUGCAGUAGUCAGUAGUCAAGGCAAGAGAGGACAGUGGCAUGGACUAGCAUAGUGUGUAUCUGCAUGUAUGUCAGUGUGUGCCUGUUUAUCUGCAUGUGUGUCUGUGUAACUGUCACCCCACAAAACACACUGUCACCCCCUUCACCCUGCCACACACAAUAAUCCUGUCAAUCACCCAUGCCAUACUCACCUCCCAUCACUCUACCAUAUUCACCCUAUCACACUUACCUUCUCUAGCACUGUAACACUCAUUCUCCAUCACUCUGUCACAGUCGCCUCCUUUCACCCUAUCACAUGAGCCCCUCCAAGUCUGCUAUACUCAUCCCCCCCACCAUGCCACACCCUGUGGGGUGUGAAUGAAACACAUAGCGGGUCUAGGGGGCGUGAAUGUAACACAUGGAUGGGCUGGGGGAGGUGACGUAUUGGGGGGGGGAGGGCAGGGCAAUUUUUGCACCGGGGCCCCAUUGUUUCUAGUUACGCCUCUAGGCAGGGGCACCCUGACCACUUCAGUGAGAUGAAGUGGUCUGGGUGCCUUUAGUGUAAUGUUAAAGUUGCAAUUGACCAGUGAACCCCAACAAUUCAGUGGUAAAUAACCAUGUAUGUGUGGCACUAAAGGAAAUGCAAAAUUUAGGCAAAAGAGUUGGAAAAAUUCUCCAAUUCAGAUUAUUUUCAAGCUUGGCUACUUUAGCCUUGGUUUUGCACUAUGUAAUAAAUAAUACCCCAUUGUUCAAAUGUGUUUUGUUCUGACAUUUGAAUUUACAUGCGUAUUUAGUGUCACUACUUUUCACAAUCUAUUGAUAUAUUGAUAGACACCUGUUUUUCCUUGAGUGUGCUAUUUUAUUAUAUUUUAAAAUUCUUUAGAUGUACCAAUUUUUCUUUUCUAUUUUGUCCUAAGGUUUGCAAUUCCCAAGUCAUCUCCCGACAAUUUAGUGGAUAAUCGUUAGAGAAUUCACUUAUUUUCUUCCAAACACUAUAAUGGUAAUAAUUAAUUAAGCCGUGAAUUGAGGAGGGUCAGCAAGUGAAAUAAAAUCAAACUCCAAAAUAUAUGCAUUGGGGAAUACUUCCCAAUAAAGCUACUUUGUAAUGUCCAUACCAAUUCUUACCAAAUUCCUGUUUAGUGAAUAAAUGCCGUAAGGGUUUCAUCUGUGCGUUGUACAGGUUUCAGAAAUAGGUUUGUGUCUCCUUGCUCAAGGGAGACUAUAGGGUUUGUUGGACUCUGGAGAAUACAGGAAGUCAGAAUCUAUUAAAAGCAGGAUGUUCUCACAUCUGGCAGAACAACCACAUCCCCAGGACCAAGGGACAUGUGACUGAGUCACAGUCCUAAUUCGAUAAACCAUAUACACUGAUGUAAUGCAUGUGUGAUCAUAAAUGACAUGAUAAGAAUAAUGAACCAGUUCCUACAUACUCUUGCAAAUUCAGAAUACUUUUUCAAGUUAUAUAUAUAUAUGGUUUAUGUACAUAUUCAGCCUCUGUGAUAAAUUAUUUUUGUAUAUAAAGUUCCAACAUACACUCCAACCCUCCCAUUAUUAAUAUUAUUUUUAUUAUUGGUAUUUAUAUAGCGCCAACUAAUUCUGCAGCGCUUUACAAUAUUACAAAAUGGGGAAAUUUACAAUAAAUAAGACAAUUACACAGUGACACAGGAACAAUAGGUAGAUGAGGGCCCUGCUCAAAUGAGUUUACAGUCUAGAGGAGGUAUGGUACAAAUACACAACAGGGCAGCAAGGGUGACAGCCACCAAACAAGGUGGAAAAGUAGCAGCGCUGGAGGUGAGAGUGGAGUAUGGCUCUUUUAGGAGAUUUGGUAUAGGUAAGUUACUCUGGGAGUCCAUAGGCAUUCCUGAACAGAUGUGUUUUGAGGGACUUCUUAAAUAUUUGAAGACUAGGGGAGAGUCUGAUGAGGGUAGACAGGCUAUUCCAAAAGAAGGGAGCCGCCGCGAGAAGUCCUGCAAUUGCGAGUUAACAGUAAGGUUGCGAGCAGCAGACAGGAGAAGAUCACCGGCAGAGUGGAGAGACCGAGAAGGGGAAUACCUAUGAAUAAGGGAACAAAUGUAAGAGGGGAUAAAGUUGGUUAGAGCUUUAUAGGUAAGGUUUCGAAUUUUUAAUUGACACUUGUAGGAUACAGGAAGCCAGUGUCAGGAUCAACAGAGGGGCGAGGUAUGGGAGGAGCGACGGGUGAGAAAGAUCAGCCUGGCAGCAGCAUUCAUCACAGAUUGUAGGAGGGCAGUUCGGCUUUUGGGGAGACCAACUAGGAGAGAAUUACAGUAGUCCAUGCAAGAGAUUACCAGAGCAUGAACAAGCACCUUGGCAGCAUCUUGCUUGAAAAAGGGGCAGAUGUAGGCGAUAUUUUUAAGGUGGAAUCGACAGGUUUUAGCAACAUACUGGAUAUGUGGGGGAAAGGUGAGGCCAGGAUCACAAAUAUUACCAAGACACCGAGCUUGCAAGGAAGUAUUAUCAACUUGCAGGGAAGGUGAAGGAGGAGGAUCAGCAUUAUGAGGGGGGAAAAUAAGAAGCUCAGUUUUAGAGAAAUCGAGUUUCAGGAAGCGGGAGGACAUCCAAUCAGAGAUUGAAGAAAGGCAAGCAGUGACACGUUGAAGGACAGUGUGGGAGAGAUCAGGGGCCGAGAGGUAUGUAUGAGUGUUGUCGGCAUACAGAUGGUAGCGGAAUCCAAAGGAGUUAAUGAGUUUGCCAAGAGAGGCAGUAUAAAGAAAGAACAGAAGGGCACCAAGAACAGAUCCUUGGGGGACUCCAAACGAGGCAGGGCGACAGGAGGAGGUGUCUUUGCAAAAGAAGAAACUGAAUGAACGUUGGGAAGAGAUAGGAGGAGAACCACGAGAGGACAGUCACAGAGACCGAGGGAUUGAAGAGUUUGGAGAAGGAGAACAUGGUCAACAGUUUCAAAGGCAGCAGAGAGGUCAAGAAGAAUUAGUAUGGAGUAGUGGCCUUUGGAUUUAGCUGUGAUUGGGUCAUUUGCAACUUUAAUAAGAGCAGUCUCAGUAGAGUGGAGGGGGCGAAAGUCAGAUUGAAGAGGAUCGAGGAGGGAGUUGGAAUUUAGGAAGUGAGUCAUACGAGUAAAGACAAGUCUUUCUAGAUGUUUUGAGGAAAAAGGAAGCAGGGAUAUGGGACGAUAGUUGGAAGAGGAAGAUGGGUCUAGGGAUGGCUUUUUUAGGAUGGGUAUGACAGUAGCAUGCUUAAAGGGAGCAGGGACAACAUCAGAUGAAAGAGAGCAGUUUAUGAUGUGUGUUAAGGAUGGUACAAGACAAGGGGAGAGAGAUCUGAUAAGGCGGGAAGGUACUGGAUCAAGCGGACAGGUGGUGGGACGAGAGGAGGAGAAGCAAAGCCACAAACUGUUCUGUAGCUGGGGAGAAGGCCUGUAGGGUAGGGAAGGUACGGUCCAGGUGUGGUUGCAAGAGGAAGGAGCAAAGGGGAGAAAAUUAUUUCCUUAAAGGACCACUCAAGGCACCGAGACCACUUCAGCUUAAUGAAAUGGUCUGGGUGCCAGGUCCAGCUAGGGUUAACCCAUUUUUUUAUAAACAUAGCAGUUUCAUAGAAACUGCUAUGUUUAUAAAUGGGUUAAUCCUUCCCCCAAAGCCUCUAGUGGCUGUCUCAUUGACAGACACUGGAGGCGCUUGCGUGAUUCUCACUGUGAAAAUCACAGUGAGAGCACGCAAGCGUCCAUAGGAAAGCAUUGAUAAUGCUUUCCUAUGCGACCGGCUGAAUGCGCGCGCAGCUCUUGCCGCUCAUGCACAUUCAGCCGACGGGGAGGAACGGAGGAGGAGAGCUCCCCGCCCAGCACUGGAAAAAGGUAAGUUUUACCCCUUUUCCCCUUUCCAGAGCCCUCAGGGCACUAUAGUGCCAGGAAAACGAGUACGUUUUCCUGGCACUAUAGUGGUCCUUUAAAUGUUCAAUCUUGCCGGUAAAGUAGCAUGCAAGGCUACCUGCUGAAAGGUCAGUUUGAGGGGUGGCUCCAAUCUACAAUCUAGCAGAGAUUUAGGGGAUAAGUCUCCCAGAUGCAGUUCCAGGCAUCAAAUAAGAUGAGCAAAACUGCUCAAUGUGCUGAUAGUCGACAUACUACAGCUGCUAUCAGAGUAUAGACAGCCUGGCUCACUUUUUUUGUGGAGUGGGUUGUGUUUUGCUUUCUGCUGAGCUGCCAACUGUACAGCUGCGGUUUGCUUCUCUCUUCGCAUACACAAGUUAGACAGAUCUUACACUGCUAAAUAGAAAGUGGAAAAAAAUGUCCUAUGAAGUCUGAGUCCGGAGGAAUGCUUACAGCUGCUGUAAUUUCAUUAUAAUCUGUGAGUAGGGUAAUACUAAUUUUGUCAAAAAAAAACUGUGUAAUGAAGCAAAGUCAUUAAUGUACUUAGAUUGCCUACUUUUGGUACUAUAACAACUUAAUUGCAAUGGAAAUGUUAUGGUUCAAAGAGGUCCCAGGCACCGUCUUACCUUAAAGGAACACAAUAUAUGCAAAACCAUAUUCCUAAAACUAUAGUGUCCCUCCUCUAUCUCUGCUCUAUCCACCCCCCUUUCAGGAAUUGGUUAAAAACUCUUUCUUUCACCUGCCUAAUUUCAGCAUUGAGGUCCCUCGGUGCUGGUUUGGGAUCCUCCUCCUGUUACGAUGGGGCGGUACCUAAUGCGUAUGUGCAGUGAGCGGCUCUCCUGCAUUAUGGCUAACCCAUCAUUGAAUUAAUGUUUUCCUAUGGGUUUUUCAAGAUGCUGGACAUCCUCACCUCAUGCAAUCUGUUAGGACGUCCAUUGUCAUUUCACGGAGUGAAACUCUUUUAAACACCAAGAAGCGCCUCUAGUGGCUGUCUGGAAUACAGUCAGUAGAGUAGGAGUUUACCCUUCAAUAUAAUUAUUGCAUUUUCCCAGAAACUGCAAUAACUAACAUUACAGGGUUAAGGGUACCAAGUACAUUGAGAUGAAGUGGUAUUGAUGCCUAUAGUGUGCCUUUAAUGUAAAUUAAUGGUUUAAUCCCCUGCAAUCCUGUGUCCUAUCUGUUUGUCUACUUUCUCUGAAUGGGUGCCACUGAUCUCAGCGUACCAUUCACAAAACAGAGUAAAAGAGAUUCACUUUUCUGAAUGGGGAGAUAGUGAGAAAGUUUGAGGCUGAUCGUUAAUGGUUUAUCCCCUUAUAGUAGGGCAGCGUCUGAUACCUAACGACUUCAUAACGAUGAGUGCCUCUUGAAACAAGUGGGUUUCCUCAUUAAAAUAGGAAUUAUGGAGAAUAUACAAGGGGUCAGGGACUUUUGUUUGUGUAAUAACAGUACAUUUGCAAAUUGUAAUCCAAAAUAGCAGUGGUGGAAAACAAUUCUCCAAUUAGACUAAUUCUUCAGCAUUGGCUAUUUUGGCCUACUAUUUACAAUUCCUCUAUCAAUUCUUCACAGUUCACCAGCGCAGGAAAUAGCGCCAUUAGUGUAUACAUAAUACUGCGUACAAUAACAUUCAUCUGCAGAACAAAGAUAGUAAACUAUUUCAUAGAGAACCUACCAAACUCUUUAAAAAAGGUAAUAUAAAGGAUGUAUUUAAAACCAGGGUGUGAGUGCAGUGGAACAAGUAAGGAACACUGUAGACCCCUAAAGCACUUUAGCUUGCUGAAGUGCUUUAGGUGUGAAGAGUCAGUGCUUUUGCUGUGGGGGUUCCGUGUCACAUGGUUUUACUUGGUCAGUGCAGCCAAAGUGCAUCUAAUAGCUGUUAUUCUUACAGCCACUUGAGGUGGCCUUAACCCUGGAAUGUAAACAUUGCAGUUUCUAAAAAAAACAGGACAGGGACAUUGCACCCAGACCAUUUCAUUGAGACGAAGUGGCAUGUGUGACUAUAGUGUUCCUUUAAUAAAUGUGAUUAAAAUAAUGACAUUAUUUACCCGUCACUUUUCAGAACAUUUUGAUAAAUAUCCCCAGGGCUGCCAUAAAGGGGUGACAACCAUAAUGGUUGUCACGGGCCCCGCGGGCCCUGGGGGGCCCGGCCACCCAGGCCCCACGUGGAGCGGCGAAACUGCCGCAGGUGCAUCUGUGUAUGUCAGUAUGUAUGUGUGUGUGUGUAUGUCAGUAUUACAUAGUUACAUAGUUACAUAGUUACAUAGCUGAAAAGAGACUUGCGUCCAUCAAGUUCAGCCUACCUCACAUUUGUUUUUUGCUGUUGAUCCAAAAGAAGGCAAAAAAAAAACAGUUUGAAGCACAAUUUUGCAACAAGCUAGGAAAAAAAAUUCUUCUUGACCCCAGAAUGGCAGUCAGAUUUAUCCUUGGAUCAAGCAGUUAUUACCCUACAUUGAAAGAUUAUAUCCUUGAAUAUUCUGUUUUUGCAAGUAUGCAUCUAGUAGCUGUUUGAACAUCUGUAUGGACUCUGAUAAAACCACUUCUUCAGGCAGAGAAUUCCACAUCCUGAUUGUUCUUACAGUAAAAAAACCUUUCCUUUGCCUUAGACGAAAUCUUCUUUCUUCCAGUCUAAACGCAUGGCCUCGUGUCCUAUGUAAAGUCCGGUUUGUGAAUAGAUUUCCACACAAUGGUUUGUAUUGGCCCCGAAUAUAUUUGUAUAAUGUUAUCAUAUCCCCUCUCAGGCGACGUUUUUCUAAACUAAAUAGGUUUAAAUUUGUUAACCUUUCUUCAUAGCCGAUAUGUUCCAUUCCUUUUAUUAAUUUUGUAGCCCGCCUCUGCACUUUUUCUAGUGCCAUAAUAUCCUUCUUUAGAACAGGUGCCCAAAAUUGCACAGCAUAUUCAAUAUGGGGUCUUACCAGUGAUUUAUAAAGAGGCAAAAUUAUAUUCUUGUCCCGAGAAUGAAUGCCCUUUUUCAUGCAUGACAAUACCUUACUGGCCUUGGCCACUGCUGAUUGACAUUGCACAUUGUUGCAUAGUUUGUUGUCUAUAACAAUUCCCAAGUCCUUUUCGUGUGUUGUUAUCCCUAAUUCGCUUCCAUUAAGGGUAUACGUUGCUUGUGUAUUCUUUACGCCGAAGUGCAUAACUUUGCAUUUUUCAACAUUAAAUUUCAUCUGCCAUUUGAGUGCCCAGUCCCCCAGUCUAUCUAAAUCCCUCUGCAGCAAAGUAAUAUCUUGCUCACAUUGUAUUGUUUUACAAAGUUUGGUGUCAUCUGCAAACACUGAAACAUGACUUUCAAUGCGGUCUUCAAGAUCAUUUAUAAACAUGUUAAAUAGAAGGGGUCCCAGAACAGACCCCUGAGGGACACCACUUGCCACCUCUGUCCAGCUUGAAAAUUUACCAUUAAUGACAACUCUUUGUACUCUGUUUUUAAGCCAAUGUUCUACCCAAGAACAAGCAUUUUCAUCUAGACCGAUUUCCUUGAGUUUGAACACUAAUCUAUUGUGUGGAACUGUAUCAAAUGCCUUGGCAAAAUCCAAAUAGAUCACAUCCACGGCAACACCCUGAUCUAUACUUCUACUUACUUCUUCGUAGAACGCAAUCAAGUUAGUUUGACAUGACCUGUGCUUCAUAAAACCAUGCUGAUUUUUGCUGAUAACCAUGUUCUUCUCAAGGAAUUCUUGAAUAUUAUCCCUUAAUAACCUUUCAAAUAUUUUACCAGCCACAGAAGUUAAGCUCACAGGUCUAUAAUUUCCAGGCAAGGAUUUUGAACCCUUUUUGAAUAUAGGAACCACAUCUGCCUUCCUCCAAUCCUCCGGAACACUUCCUGAAAGAAAAGAAUCUUGAAAGAUUAAAAACAGAGGUUCACUUAUUUCUGCACUUAGUUCCUUAAGUACACGUGGAUGGAUACCGUCAGGCCCUGGAGCUUUGUUUAUAUUAACUUUCUUUAGUUGCUGCAGCACCUUGUCUUGAGUUAACCAAUUACAAUUAUUCUGCAAGUUUUUAGUAGCAAUCAUUUGCACAUCUAUUGCCAUGGGUUCUUCCUUAAUAUAUACGGAGGAGAAAUAGUUAUUUAAAAUUCCUGCCUUUUCCUGGUCUUCAUUAACUAACACCCCCGUUUCAGUUUUUAGUGUACCUACACUUUAAUUUAGUUUUUUUUUAGAAUUUAUGUACUUAUGUAUGUAUGACUGUGUGUAUGUAUGUCUGUGUGUAUGUCAGUAUGUAUGUCUGUGUGUGUGUAUGUCAGUAUGUAUGUCUGUGUGUAUGUCAGUAUGUAUGUCCGUGUGUAUGUCUGUGUGUGUGUAUGCCUGUGUGUGUAUGUGUGUGUGUGUCUGUAUGUCUAUGUGUGUGUGUGUGUGUAUGUCUGUAUGUAUGUCAGUAUGCAUGUAUGUCUGUGUGUAUGUCUGUGUGUGUGUAUGUCUGUGUAUGUCAGUAUGUCUGUGUGUGUGUGUGUGUGUGUGUGUAUGUAUGUCAGUAUGUAUGUCUGUCUGUGUGUGUGUAUGUAUAUCUGUGUGUGUAUGUCUGUAUGUGUAUGUCUGUAUGUAUGUCUGUUUGUCAGUAUCUAUGUCUGUGUGUAUGUGUAUGUCAGUAUGUAUGUCAGUAUGUAUGUGUGUGUGUAUGUCUGUGUCUAUGUCAGUAUGUAUGUCUGUGUGUAUGUCUGUGUAUGUAUGUCAGUGUGUAUGUCAGUAUGUAUGUCAGUAUGUAUGUAUGUCUGCCAGUACGCAUGUGUGUAUGCCUGUCAGUAUGCAUGUGUGUAUGUCUGUCAGUAUGUAUGUAUGUGUGUGUGUCUGCAAGUAUGUAUGUCUGUGUGUGUGUGUCUGCAAGUAUGUAUGUAUGUCAGUAUGCAUGUGUCUGUGUGUGUAUGUCAGUAUGUCUGUGUGUGUGUGUAUGUCAGUAUGUGUAUGUAUAUAUCUAUCAGUAUGUAUGUCAGUAUGCAUGUAUGUCUGUGUGUGUAUGACAGUAUGUCUAUGUGUAUCUGUGUACGUAUAUAUCUGUGUGUGUAUGUAUGUAUAUCAGUAUGUAUGUCUGUCUGUAUGUAUGUGUGUGUGUCAGUAUGUGAGUAUGUAUGUACAACAGUGAGUGUGUGUGUGUGUGUGUGUAUCUGUGUAUGUGUCUAUAUGUGUGUAUGUCUGUUUCGGUAUUUGUGUCUGUUAGUAUGUGUGUGUGUGUUCCUAUGGGUGGGAUUUGGAGACGGGCACACGGGGGCUGUGUUAGGGGCCCCACAAUUUCUGAUGGCGGCCCUGAAUAUCCCCAUUGUGUUCAAAGUGACCUGGCACAUGAUAUACUGCUCCUUAUAAAAGGGGGUAAUUUUCUACCCUAGAAUAGCACUGCUCAUUGUAAGCAUGGUUAAGUACACUGUUUCUGUAUAUAGCUGCAUGAAAUAGGACAAUGACAUGUUUUGAACCAGACUAUAGGAAUACUGUUCUGAAGAGUUUAUUUUGUAUUGUGGGUUUACUGCUAUUUAGGACAGGAUGUAAGACAGUAUUAAUAUAAAGUGGCCAUAGACAGAUAUUAUUUUAGAAAAGAAAAAGCUACUAGAUUUCUAAGAAUUGAUGAAAGAAUAAGGAGCAACGAAAGCACAUGGUUAAAAGAAAAAUGGAAGAGUUGGUCCUUGUUUUAUUUAGUGCAGUCUACCCCCACCCCUUCCCCUUUAGCCUGCAGGAUCUCUGCAGCACUUGGUGAUGAAAUCCCUGUGACAGGAAGUGGGUGUGAGAUUAGGCAGAGAAUGAAGUCAUUGUUACUCCUCCAACCCUAUCCCCAGUUAAUCCCUGCUCCAAUCACAGAGCAGGCCUCAGAGUCUGUAUACAUUCAAUUGCAAGGGCUGGUCUGGGGACAGACAAGGGGAGAGGCUGCAUUAGAUACAGUAUUACAGAGCACAGAGUGAGAGACAGGGGGGAGCUGUGAUACAUUGUGACAGAGAGAGCAGUGAUAGUGUUACUUCAGUGAGUGACAGAGGGGAGCUGUGCCUGUGAUACAUUGUAACAGAGGGGGAGCUGUGAUACAGUCCCAUUGGAGGAGGUGCAUAGUAAGAUUCUAGGUCUGCAAAGUGGGUGCAAUGGGGAAAGGUGACAAAGACACCCCAUCUUUCGAGAUGACCUGGAACAGCACUACUAGUAGCGGGUACUGCAGCCAGGAGGAGUCCGACCCGGAGUUGGAGCUCUUCUACACCGCCAGGACCUCGCUUUUCCCUCGGAGAACACCAGUCAAGAGCCAGAUCCAGGUUAGACGUGGGUUCCUGGGACACUGGGGGAGGGGAAGAACUGUAUAACAUAAGGGGGGCCUUUACUAUGUAUGGGAAGCACAUUCUAUUUAAUUGUUUAAUAGGAGAAAGGGGUUACUGUAAUAAGUGGCAGUGAUGGCACACCUUAAAAUAAGUUGUGCUGUACCAGAAGGGGUGCACUGUGACAGGGAAAAGGGGGGUGCACUGUGACAGGGAGGUGUAGGAUGCUAGCAUCAAUAGAAAAAGUGCAAUGUGACAUGGAGGAAAGGAUAUCCUAGUACAGGAAUAUGGUUGAAGGGUUUAGUGAAUAAACCCCUCUCUGAGUUUAAGAAAUUAGAUGGUUAAUCAGUGAAGAGGUGAUGCAGAGUGAAUCAGAGAUAGAAUCAGAGAUGGGGGAAGUAAGUGGUCAGAACUAAAAUACCAGAAUGUAUUACUGAGACAGGGAGCUAAGUGUUUAUUCCUAGUACAGAUAGACUGGGUAAAUACCUAUCUGACUGGUUUAUUUAGUGGGAGUUUGGGGAUUAUUCACCUCUGACUAAUUACAGGAAAGAUUCACCACCAGAGACAGAAAUUACAAAGAUACUGUACAGAGGAAGAAAUUACUAAGUAUGACACGGUGUUCUGUGGAAACCAUAUGUCCUAAUAGAGGCAGGGGCUCAAAAUAAUAUAGGGUAUAUUCAUAAUCAACAUGCAGAGAUAAAGGGUAUAUGAGGCUUAGGUUCUGCUGACAAGAAUUAGUCAUCAAAAUAAAAAUUGCAAACAAGAAAUUGCACAUUUAGUUUAAAAUAACCACGCUGAAAAAAAUAGCUGAUUUGGAGAAUAUUUCUGUUUUGGACUAAAAUUUGCCAUUCCAAGAUCAUUUUCUGAUUAGGGCAAUACAUUUCAUGGAGGUUUAUGUAAAGGAUAAGCACAUUCAUGAUUUAAUGGAGUCUUUAAUAAAUCUCUGUAUAAAAUAUUGACUUUGCUGUGUAUUUCCCACUGUUGUAAUCUAUCUGUAGGCCAGCAAGGUGAACGAUGCAGGUUUGUUAGGCUUCAUCUUCAUCAAGAUUAUUACGUCAUUAUUCAAUGGAACACUCCAGACCACUGAAUCCUGUGCUUUAUGUGUGAAAAGUGUGUCUUUUUUUAUUUUAUUUUAUUUCAUUUUACAAAAAAUGCAGAUUUCAAAAGAUAUUGACACUUUUAUGAAAUUAACCUUGUUACACCCCCUAGGCUGUCAAUCAGACAACAGGUCCUGUUACUUGCUGGUAGUUUAGCUAAGUGGACCUAAACUCAAGGCAGAUCAACGGGCCAGUUUACCUCCAUUGCUAUCGUCAUAUAAUAUUUCUGUAUAGAGCUGGAUGGGCUAAUGCGCAAGUCCACUUCCACAUUAGAAGAACUGAAGAAGAUGGCCUGAACUUUAUGUGCCACACAAACAAAAAGAUUCACGAAAAAAAGAUUUAGUAGAAAUGUUGUGCAAACCUUGAAUCAAUUGGAACAUUCUAUUGGUUUCUGCGAUUACUGCUCAGACUUUUAUACAUCUAGCUCUCUUAUAAAUGUAAAAAGGAGCACUGCAAAACAGGGCUACCAUUUUAUGUUACAAAACAGGGCAGAAUGAGAAACCAUCAAAAUCUAAAUUUACAUAUAAAACAGGAAAGUGUGGUCUUAUCCACCAUCUUCCACUUUUUGGUGUUCCUAUAGAACAUCCUCUUUUACAAUGCUGCUUCCUCAAUCCCUUGUUUCACAUAACACAAUUAACCUCUGUCAUGUCGUCUCCAGUAAUCCUGUUCUCACACACCAUCAUUCAUUCUCUUCCAAGUUAUGCCAUUGUUUAUCCCAGGCCUAUCAUUAACCCUAAUUGCGUUUGAUCCAAUGCUCAAAUUGAACAGUACUUCUCUUUCCGACAGACCUAUAGUAAUUGGCCUUUAGAUCAGACAAACUGACAAGCUUGGAUAUUAUUAUUUUUUUUUAAGCCAAGGGCUGCAUUUUUUUUUUUAUUUUUUUUUGCACACUUAGAAGUUGACCACGUGGAUAAAAUGUUACCAUGUUCCCCAAACGGAGGUUGGAGCUAAGUGUGUAUAUGUGUCCAUUAAUUCUCAUUGUUCCAAUUGUUCUUGGCACUGCAAAAAUGAUGGUGUCUUUAUGCUGGUUUAUAAACUAAUGAAAAAAGGGUUAAAACUAACCUUCUGCCCAAAAAAACAAACAAAAGAAAAAAAAUAGAUCAUUGUGGAUAACAUCUGUGAACUUCAAUAAACAUAGGUUUAUUUUCUAACAUGGAAACGGCACAUUUUUAUCUUAAAAUAGACAUUGGAAACAUACAUUUAUACAAAUAGUUGUGCACCGUUUCCAGUUUACUGGAUAAGCAACAGUAUUCUUCACCUUCAUUUUCCCAAGUGUUACUACGAAAACGAUGUUCUACCCAAGUUCCCAUACUAAUAGUUACCAAGAGAUAAUAUCAGACAUGAACAAGUACUGAUAUACCCCUGGCCAUUAUCAGUAUGAUGGGUGAGAAAGCCUGCUAUAAAGUCACUGUUUUUCACUAUUGGGGUCAUGUAAGUAAAGAGUUACUUUGAGUAGAUUUGGACAGGGAAGGUGUUCACCAUGUUUCCUUCCUGCCUGACUUCCUGAGCUCACAGUUCCCAGGACUAGGCAGUUAAAAAGUGAGAAUGACCCCACCACACCAUCCCAAACAAUGGCCAUGUCUGCAGAAAGAUUGGAGGUUUCCUACGGAUGCAGGCUUCCCCCUCCUUCUCUCUAAAGCUGGCUCCUUACCAAAAGCCACUCUCACCAGGCAGCAGAAACUGAUGCAACUGCUGAGCAAGAGAAGGCGGUGGGAGCACCACAUGGGAAAGAGGGGGCACUGGGGAGAGCAUUAGACAUUACAUUACCAUGACUCUUUGCUGGCUAACACAGGAAAGUUACAUUAAAGAAUCAACAGAUGUACUGGUUUUGCCCUCCGAGGGAUGAGAGUCUUAAUUUUCUUACUUGGUUUCUUUUGUAUAAAGCAUCCCGUAUAGAUUAUAAUAUUUAUGUUUACAUAUAGCUUUAUGUUAAACAGUUUAACAUUAUCCUAGUAACUUAACGCUUUGAUAUAACAGAACCGAUUUAGAUCUUCAGGCUGGUACAAAAUUACUUGGGGCCACAUAUGAACAGUACUGAUGUAAAACAUUUAUUUCGGUGCAAAUCUUGUGCUUCUUACACAUAUUUUGAACUCUGUUGUUAAUCGUAACUUUUAAUGCGCCCCUAAUUUUAUGUUUUGUGUUAAUCAAAAGAUAUGUGUGUGUGUAUAUAUAUAUAUAUAUGAGAACUUUAUUUAAAGGUAAUGAAUUUUCACUUGGUAGUGUAAGGUAGAUUCUAAAAGCCCCUAAAAAUGUAUAGUAUAUUGUUUAUGAAUCAUAAUAAAAAUAAAACCAUGUAUUGUGAUCUUCCCAUUAGUUCAAUAAGUCAAUAAUUUUUUCAAAUACCUUACUGCGUGUUGGGUGACAACGCUCUAUGAUGUGCCUGGUAUUGUGAAAUGCCCCUAAUCAUCUAUGUCACUACUGGUGCAUUUUGAUUUGUCAUUGCAAAAAUAUGAAUGUUAACACAGAUAUGUUCUUUUCACAGGAUGAAAAGCCUGAAAAACAGCCAGAAGCGCUCAGCCAGAAAGAGAUUGAAAAGAAGAUCAAGGACUUCAACUCCCAGAUAAAAAGCAAUCUUUUCAUGAGUAUGGUACGUAGCAUGUGACCUUGUCAUUAACAGGGAAACCAAUUUCAGCUACUUGCAGGCAAAUUGUUACCAGUUCAGUUCCGAGAACUCUUAACUGCUUACUAUUCCAAUUCCAAGACCCCUUCACAAAGAAUUGUCAUCAGAGAGAAUAAAAAUUAGACUGAGCUGGCAAACAAGCAUUUAUUUAGUACAAUUAGUUUUUGUUUGCUUUUUUCCAAGAUCCCAAAUCAUGCAUAAGAUAGUUUAUCAGUGCAUCGCAAAUUAAUUCUGAAGCCAUAUGACACCUACUAUAACCCUCAAAUAGGUUAUAGGUUUAAAGAUCUUUACAAUAUUAUAUUUUGAAAGCAAUGUUUUAACCAUGACAUUGAUACAAUAAACACAUGUAAGCAAGACCAACUGACGUAAAAUGGUUCACCAAAUUUAAUUAGAAUUACAGGUCAGCGAUAACAAACCUUUGAAACUCCAGCUAUUGUGCACUGCACCUCACAUCAUGCUCAGUCAACCACUUCUCUAGUGGUAUGUGUGAGUUUAAGAUCAUGAUAGCAGUCUUUACAUGUUCCAUGGUAGUAUAUAUUUGCUAAACAACAUCAUAUGGUAACUUGAGAAACAAUGGAUAAAUUGAAAACAAAAUAAAAGAACUAGAUUAAAAAAUCCCAAAUUCUGCAUCGUUGGAUUUAAAAAUAAAAAUUAUUCCUCCAAAAUUGGUUCUUCCUGUAAGUUUCCAGAUCUUCUCGACUCGUAGAUUGAUGAAUAAAACCCUGUAUUUAAAAAAAGCUGGCAUUGUAUUUUUUUUCUUUGCAAUUGUGACUCAUUCUGUGUGGGUUUUAUUCACUAAAAUGGUAAUUGUAGAGAACUGACAAGAUGAUAACAUAUUUUAGACCCAAAUAGUUAAGUUGAAAAAAUAGCCGAGUUGAAGAGUAUUUUCACUUUGGUUAUUUUAACCUAAAAUAUGCAGUUACAGAGUGAAUUUCAUACUAUUCCAGGUUUUGUGAAUAAAACCCUUUGAUACACACGUGUUCCAUUCCAUUAAUUCCACUCUGUACUUUUCCAGAACAGAGACGGUUCUUACACUGGAUUCAUUAAGGUUCAGCUGAAACUUGUCCGCCCAGUUUCUGUGCCUGCCUCUAAGAAGCCUUCAACUGUGCAUGAUCGGAAAAGCGUAGGACGGUCCCAGCCAGUGAAGCGCCGAACUUCUUUCUACCUCCCAAAGGAUGCUUCCAAACAUCUACACCUGAGCUCACGCACACCAGCAAGUGAAGUCAUCCAGGCACUGCUACGAAAGUUCACAGUGCUCGAUAAUCCCCGAAAGUUUGCACUGUUUCAGAGGACCGAGAAGGACGGACAAGGUAUGUAAUCGAGUCUAUAACGCUAACAAUGAGCGUCACCCAUAAAUCACAGAAUAUACAGAAAAUGGCUCACAAGACAGACUAAUAUUACACACAUACAACAGAAAAACCUGCAUUCACAAAAUAUAGAUGGACAAACAGUGAAAUACGUAUUGUGGGGAAAAAGUACCACCAAGGCUGUCAAAGAUACAUCCUAAUAAACCUCGAGACUUGGGCUAGGAUUGCUGUCUCCCCAGCUCUGUCACUAUAUCAGUAAGGGGACAGGGAUUGAAUUAAUGACAGUGUAUCUCCCACAAAUCUUGGACAGGCUGCAAUACAGAUGUAUAUGAUUUUCUCCAUAUAACAUUUGCUUUCCUGUAACGUACGGUGAAUGUUGUUCUAUCUUGAGAUAGCUCAAGAUGGAUGUGUUUUCAUUUUUUGUCUAGUACUUUGAUUUCUUGUUUUAGCUGCACAUCUUGUUAUAUUUCCAUGUGCAUUUUAAAUGAUUAAAGCAAAACACAUCAAAAUUAAAAUACUGCUGUGACAAUUGGCACUUGGAAUGUUAUAUCUCUAAGCUACUUAUUUCACCACACUUCCAAGUUGCUUUCUUAUUUCAUCUUAUUUUAGGCAUUUUGUAUACACUGUAGAGCUUGUUUCUGUGUGUUUCCUGUGUUGAGGACUGUUAAUAAUGCAUCGAUCUGUGGGUUUCCUUGUAGUGAACUUGCGAAAAUUGUUAGACGAUGAGGAACCAUUAAAGCUCCGACUGCUUUCUGGGCCCUGUGACAAGACACUGAGCUUUGUGCUGAAGGAGAAUGAGACUGGAGAAGUGAAUGUAAGUCAUUUUUAAGAAAUGUUGCCCCAUAAUAUAAGGACCAUAUGUAAACCCAGCGUUUGUUUCUCCUGCACACAAUUCCUAAUCAUUACUUUGUUCUUCCUGUGCAGUGGGACGCCUUCAGCAUGCCAGAGCUUCACAAUUUUUUGCGCAUUCUACAACGAGAGGAAGAAGAGCAUAUGCGACAAAUUGUGCAACGCUACAACCGCUGUCGGCAGAAAAUGCAAGAAGCACUAGCAUCACACACACCUGGCUGAAACACGUGCUCAAGCAAAGAAAGGAGAGCAUGAAGACAGCGAGACUGAUCCCAAUGAUGCAAACAUAGUAUGACUGGAGACUGAGUGUGGGAUGAAGAACUCCCAGGUGUUCAAGGGGGGCUGACAGAUUCCCCCCAGGAGCGAUGUGAGUGAAGAAUGGGUGCCUGCAUGGGACACGAGGAGGUGCAUCUAUGCCUGUGAGUGAUGCACAAUAUGAAUGAGGCUGGCAAGUGGCAAGAUCUGUGUCACUUGCAGAAGCCUCCGAGCUGAAUAGCUGAUUCAAGAAGAAACAUUACUUUUAUGUUUGUGUUGUUCUUUUUGUAUGUUUGUUUGUGCUACAUUUACAUUGUGAGGACUCUACGAUAAACUGAGCCUUUAAAAUACAGCUGGCCAAUCAACUGGUCACAGAAGGGGAAGUAAUUAUUUGUGGUCUUGAACCUGGUACCGUUUCUGUUUUUCACUGUGCACUAUACACCCAUAAAAGGUUUUUGCAUGGCAUAUGCUCCGUGUUUAUAUUAUUGCUACACUACCUAACAUUAAUUUAGGGACCCUUUUUCAGCAAAUGUCUGCUACCAAUUCUUUAAGUGUCCAAUAAAAUGGUUGUGG